UCUCCGCUUGGGGCAACGCGGUCCGAAGCGCUUCUUGGCAGUGCCUCGCUGUGUGCAGUACGAAGAGGUGGAGGAUCAACGACACACUAUAUAGGCUAGUGUAUCAUCCUCGGAUGCCAACACCCGUGUACAGUGGAAUAUACCGCGAAAGAAGCUUUCAGUAUUCCUUUUUUUGAGGACGCGCCUCAGACGGAACAGAAUUAAGUGCAAAGCAGCAAAUCACUGCUGGAACACAGCACAGCCUCUUCUUUGGCUCCCGUGCAGACUAGAGUUGCAGAGAGAAAUGUUAUCCGCGCCCUAAGCAGGAUAUACCACAGCUCACGUAUACUGGAAUACAACCAAAGCUAUCUAAUGAAGAGGAAAAAACACAUGCUAGAAGAAGUAAGUAUGCAAUCAGAAAGCAGAUCUGGCGUUUGCACACGUUCUUGCCCGUUUUCUUAUUUGAUAUGGAAAGAAUACAGACUAUUGUGACAUGGCUCGGCAAAUAUAGACACUCGUAAGUUUUUAACCUUUGCUUUUAAAUGCAAAUACAAAUCUUUGAUAUGGGUUGACAUGAGCUCAGCUGUGUUUUCGUCUAACACGCUGACAUCUAGUAAAAGGAAACUCACUCAUCGUGCAUGCUUGUAGUGGCCACACAUGCAGCAUGAGAAUAUCUGCGUUUCCAGAUGAGCCUCAGAUUGUUUGAAUGGUCCUGUAGGGAUUUCUACGGUUGUAGCUCGUUUCCCUCAUCUAGGACAAAGUCCAUAUGGUGCUGCUCUGCUCAGUCACACACAGAAAAAAACAGCCACCUGAAGAAAAUCUCUCUUUUGACUUGGCAAAGAAUAGCGUAUAUAUAUAUAUAUAUAUAUAUAUAUAUAUAUAUAUAGAGAGAGAUAUGUGUAUAUAGAUAUAUAUAUGUAUACUUCAUGGACCCCAUCUGGAUGCUGAAAAUGGUCAUUCUAAUGUAUUCGUAAACCCUUUCUGCUCGAUUUUUGUUGCAGUAAACUGCAUGGAAGUGAGAAUAAAAAUAAUGUAAUAGAUGAGCUUUUUUUGAUUUUUUUUUUUCUUAGCCACCUGGAGUGGGUAAAUAUUUGUUUCCCUCUCUGGGCACCUAAAGGAUGGACCUAGAAGCACAGCUUGUUCAAUCUUCAAAGUGUUCCAGUCUUCAGCAGGGGUUGUCAUCAUUCUUCUGUUCAUGUUUAUUUAUAGAUCUUUUGCUGUUAUUUUGAGUAACAGCCAAAUAUGGGGUAACAAACCCUUUUAUGAAGCCAUGAGGUAAAUUAUUCUAUGAUACAGCAAUACCUAGAAUAGCAGUGCACACAAGUGUUUGUAGUACCAUUUGCUGACAAAAAAAAGAAAAAACUCUCCAAUUGAACCGAAGUGGCAAUUACUUGCCACAGUCGCUUUCUUUCUCCAGUGUGGCUGUAAAAAUGGAUUGAAUAGCACAGCCCAGAAAUAUGUAAAGAGCCUGUGUGAGUGUCCUCAUCCUUGACCUCCAGUCAUGUGUUUUGUGGCUUCAUCUAGAAAUAGAGUUCAAUGGAUGUGGCUGCUGAAGGGGAAGAGAAAUGGAGUGCUGCUCCCUUCUCUUUUAAAAGCACUUACUGUCCUGCCCCUGUAUUAGGGAGCAACUGGGGGAUGCAGCCAGGUCUAACAUUGCCGGGUGUCAGUGGGGGCAUCUGGCUGUCUUUCAGGGGUUGAGUAAUUUUUGGCAUUAACAUAUCUACAGCUGUGUACUGUCUGUAGAGCGUCCUUGUCAUGUUUUUCUUUGCUGCUGCAGUGAAGGAAUAUUUGAUGUGGAAGCGAGGUUGGAUACCAUUGAGUGUGAAAGUGCAAAUUGUCUGUUGUUUAAAUACCAAAUGAAGAAAGAAGAAAAAAAAAUGUCCCUGACUUCCACCCAAGUUUUUUUUAUUUUCUAUUUUAAUUUAAUUAAUUUAUUUUUUACAAGCGGUUAUGUUCCAUCUGUACUCAUCUGUUAGUUGUCCUCAAGCGCUCCGGUAUGACCUUAGCCUCAAGUCUAAUCAUCCUGUCCUAUUCAUACAUGCAGAGUGAUUCAUUAGUCUACUGUGAGGUGGGCAUUUGCUGUGCUUGAAAUUAGAUGAAAGAAAGUUCUCUUAAGAAAAGGAGCAUUCAACCAUUACUUUCACGAAUUUUAAUGUAAAGGCUAUGAGUUUAAGAACAGUAAGAUGAACUUCAUAAAAUAUGAUCUGCUGUGAGAGGCAUUGUUUUCUCAGUUAAAACCAUGUAAAGUUUUUUUAAUGCAAACAGCACUGAAGAACUCCUCUGCACUUAGGAUGGGCGACAAAUGAUCCUUCACGAUAAAUUGUCAGAAAAAUCCUCCAUGAUAAAUAUUUGCCAUCGCAUCAUAAAUACGAUAAAUGCAAGUUGAUGACACAAGUGUGAGUGACGGACUGGCAGCCAUAGCCUAUACAGAGCAGCAUAACAAACAAACAUGGCUGAAGGCAGUGGUGUUUUGGUCCCUGGAGAAGUGGGUAUUCUCUCAAUUUUCACCUUUUUUUUGGUUUUAUUUUUCAAAGUAGUCCAGAAAAAUGUCCUGUUUAAGAAACAGUGACAUGUAAGACUACUCUAUUUAGUUUACCCCAAAACCAGUCACUUCUACUCGCUCACUGUUAUAAAAUUAUCAUGACUUGAAUAGGAGCAGUUUGUAGUUAUUACCGGUCACACAAGCAACUUAGAUGAAUGUAACAUGUAUUUAUCAUGAGGCAAACAUGGUGUUUCAGUUGCUUUUUGAACAUUUAUUUAAAUAAAAUACCUCAAAUCUGAAGCUGACAAUGCAUCCUUGAUCAUAUUUUAUCUAAAAAAUAAAACACACAAAUCAAUCUUUUCCACUGCCACUGACUUGAAAGAUGUUUGUUCUGCCUUACUUGCAUUUCCGCGCAUCUUUCAAGGACACCUGUCAAUCAACUGGAGUGGCACUGAGGUAUUAGCAAUAUUUUCUGCGGCAUGACCCGCCCUACUCUGCCUCUGAUUGUUUCAUCAGUCCUCAUCCCUACAGUUGACCAAUCUAAUCAGAGAAGGCAGCGAGGACCAGCCAAUUAGAGGGAGAGGAGGGUGGGUCAUGGCUUCACCACCCUUGAGGAAAAAAUGGGCAAUCGGGGUGUUUUCAAAUUUGAGACUUGUUUGAUGUCAUUAGCUUUCUCCAUAACCUACCACUUAAACUUGUGGUCUAAUUUGACUACUCCAACUGUUGUUCUCAAUACAACAGGAGUCAAAAAUAUUGAUUGGAAUUAUAAUAUUUGACAUCAGGACUUUUAUCAUUAUUACCAGAAUGGCAAAUCUUAUCUUGAUCAUUUUUUAGCCCAUAUUGCCCAUCCCUAUUCUGCACCUUAACUUUCCUUAGCCCCUGCCUUGAUAAACAGACAUGAAAGUCCACCUUUGUUUUCUAAUCACUUUUUAAACCUCAGUGACUCAUGUGAAAUAGAGUUGCUCAGGUCCUCAGUCAGCUGGAGUAAAUUAGGAGGCAUCAGUCCACAGUUGAUUGUGAAUUCUUCAUCCUCUUGCCAAAGCACAGAGCAGCUGUGUAUUCAGAUGCAGUUGCUCUCUAGUGGCUGAUCCUUCUCUCAAAGAUUCGAUCGCUGAAUGAUUCAAUGGAGAUGGAGGUAGACAGUGAUAAAGAUAAUAACUUGUGGGAAUUAAAGUAUAUUCUGUUGUGCAGUCAGUGGUGUACAUGAAGGACACAGUUUUACAUGAUGGUAGGUCUUUCAGCUCUGUGUACUGCAUGUGAUCCGAAUACAGACCUUGAUCAUGCACAUCCCUACAAUAGGAUCUCUCCUCUACCUCAUUAGAUUCUUUGGCAAUCAUGCUGCCCUCAUGGGGGAAAUGGAUGCCUUUAACCACCUUUCCUAUCAAUUAUGUGCCGAACGACAGCCCCUCUUAGCAAGAAGUCAUCUCAUUUACUCUGAACUGAGUUUAGACUAGGAAUGGGAAUUUUAACACAGUCCCUUGAUUGAUUAAUCAUAGAAAUUAACAAUCAAUCAUUGACUUGAUUGGUUUUUUUUUUAAUGCAAAUGGCAUAAGAUACCCCCCACCCCUAGGACUGCAUGCUACAUGCUCACUCGCGCUUCCUACCUGCCCGGCUACCUUAAUAACGGUUGUUUUCUUUCUCAUCCGUGAAACGCUUAAAAUCUGGGGACAUUUCCUGGGAAAAACUUCAGCUGGGGACAGGUCAUCCAAAACUGAGACUGUCGCCCAAAAUCAGGGAUGUCUGGUCCCUACAGAUCCUCCUGAGCUGAUGCAGUUUGUGACAGUUUCACAAUUUCCUAUGAGACUGGGUCAGCUGAUGAUAGGUUGAGAUAAGAGCACUCUCUUAUCCAUUACCCUCAGUCGGAUGUAUGUGGUUCAAGUGGUACAUCUUGGGGUCGUUAUCCAGAGUUUGAUUUUAGAGCUAAGGCCUUAAACUGGUCUUGCACUUUUAAGGUCCAAAAUGGUACUAUCUUUCAUCAAACUUUGGUUGUUCUUCAAUGGCUUUUGGCAAACCACAACAAAUACUCCACUGACAGACACUAACAAGUUGUCCUCCGAUGAUGAACUUUAACAUGGUAGAUCAACCAACCUUUCUUCCUGGGGAGGAAGCAUCAAACACAAAGAUUCAAGAUAUCUGAACAAACUGGUGAAAUAGACUGGCUCUGUGGUUGGACUCAAGCUGGACUCAUUGGAGGAUGUGGUGGAGAGAUCUACACUGAGGAAGGUGGAGACUAUUCUAAAGAACAUGGAUCACCCACUUCACAACACCUUAAUGGACCAAAGGGCCAAUGGUGGUGGACGGCUCCUCUCUCUUCGCUGCAGGACAGAAAGAUUCAGAAGAUCUUUUGUACCCACAGCCAUCAGAUUUUACAACUCUUCUGUAAAUAGUAGAUGACUUUUAGAGACAUGGUAAAUGAGAAGACAGACAAUUGAAUUUCCCUUCGGGGAUCAAUAAAGUUCCUCUCAUCUUAUCUUAACACAGUUAAAAUAAUUUAGCUUCAAAGCGAGCAUUAAGCAGGCCUGUUACUGAAAAACAAAUACAAAACAAAUCAACAGUAAUGAAAAUACAGACAAUCAGACUGCCAGUCUGUGUUUGACGGUAUGUCGCUGUGCUCAGACUCAAAUGCCUGUUAAAUCAGGGUGUUUCCAACUCAAAUCCAUAAACAAGGUCUUUUUCAAGAGAUUUCCCACAAGGAUCUUGAGGCUUUUUGGACUGAUGAGCUGUCAUGGGGGGGCAUGACUCCCACAGAAAGUGAAUGGUAGUUAAUUCUGCACUCACACUGAAAAAUGCAGCAGCUAUUUAUUUUGCUCUUGGAGAAUCCAAAACCAUGUAAUCCAAUGUGAUGGGUCUCAAGAGUGGAAAAACACCCCUACGUUUGAAAAGAUGUGAGGAAAUCCACUGAAUCACCUUGUGCCUGCAUUUACACAUGAUGGGGGGAAUUACUUGCACCACAAUGAUCAGGCUCAGCUAACACUGGCUAUUUAUUUACAACCAACAAGGCUGACUUUGCCCCUAGUGGUUUCUUCUUUUUGUUAACUCAGCACAGCAGUGUUGGUUCUUUCUUGUCCACAUGAGAUUGUUGCUACCUCUUUUCCUAAGAUCAGAGCCACUCUCCUGUGGUUACAUGCUGUUGAAACAAGUGAGGGGUUAGUAUUUAGCUGUUUAGAAAGUUGCAAAGAUAACUGUGAUUCCCCUCCAGUUGAAUUCAUAAACAAAAGGUCUUCUUUUUGGCUGCAUCUCCCUGCUUUCAAGCAUGCUGCAAAAAUGUAACAUACCUGUUCAACUUUAAGGCCCACUCUGAUGAAAAUCUUUUUUUUUUGUCUACAUGUUAAUAUGGCAUUUUUCUGAUGCUGCAGGGCAUAUCAUGAGAAAAAUAAGUGCAAAAUUGCAUUUCUUAGUAUCUCUUUAUUCAAAUCGCUGUGACUCUUGCAGACCCUAACGGCAGGUUCAGAUGCAGUGAGAUUUACUACAUAGCAAAUCCAUUCUCCACCCCUGGAGCCCCGCUAUGCAGGCCACACUCGGAGAAAUAGAGAGGACAAUCGCGGAACAAGCUUGUGCGUUAGCAGAUCGCAAUGUUAGUAAGCAAGCUAAUUAUGAUAUUAACUUUCAUCAUGUCCCCAAAGACAUUAAUGUCUGAAAGCUGAAUAGCUCCCAUGUUACCUGCUUCUUCUACUUCACCGGCAAUGUUAGGCUACAAGCUAGUGUGAAGAGGAGUGUGCAGAGCAGCGCUGUCUCCGCCCACGACUCAGAGGCGAAUAAAUAAUAAGCUACUGGAGCUCUGCAGAAGAAAAGUCCUUGAAAAUGACACAGGUAAUGUGAUUUUGGCUAAAAACUUAAUAAUCACAAUUUAAAGACAUCUGAGAAGACUUUAAGUAGUGAAAAAAAAAAAAAGAUUAGAGUGGGACUUUAAAACGAUGUGAACAGAAACAUAGUUCGGCUGCGGGAACUUGUGGUAGUAAAUACGCUCACUACUUUAUCAACAUCAAUAAACACACCUGCCGCACAUACUUCAUUGACUGCACUAACUCAAAGGAAUAAACUGAAAAGCCCCACCCCCACAGGUCUUCACUUUACAGGUAUGCAGAAAAUAUUACACACAGCAACCUCAUUUAAAUGCCCUCCUCUCUCACAGGUGCCCCCAGAGAGCAUGGCUGCGUAGUUAAAAAGAAAAAAAUCCUGUCCCUCCCUUUAGCUCCCAAACAUGAGUUCUGCUAUGAACUGACAUGAUCUGUUUCUUGUUUUUAACUUCAAUUAAUAAAUAAUCAAACCAUCAAAAAACAAAUCAAUGAGUUAAACAGCCUGAUUCUGAUGGCAGCUACAACAGCCUUGGGUUAAUCCACAUAACGGUGUUCUUUGUAAGGAUAAGAGGUCGGGAUGAAUUCUUAAUCCUGAGAGGCGCAUCAGUUUCCACUUACUGUGAUGUAGGUCAGAGCUUGUGCAAAGCCUCUCUUUUGCCACUGUCACUACAAUUAGGGUCUCAAGACUUUCCAUUUCUGUCAGAGAAGUGUAGAGGUAAUUUUGGCCACUAAAUUGGAUAUCUGCAGUUUGUUCAUUUUUGUUCGUCUCCAGAAAUUUCUUUUAAUGACCAAUCUUUUUUAUAUUCAGUUUAUUCCAAUGUGUGCCCCUGGCAUUAAUGAUAUGGAGAUAGGGGAGACAUCGCUCAGAAUAAAUCCUUCUGUCCUAUGAUGAUUCAUUUGAAGGAUCUGCUGUAGAUGUUUUCUUUUUGGCUUGACAAAGGAAUUAAAUAUCAACUAUGACAUGUCAUCAUAUUCUUCUGUUUUACCUUCUGUUAAUUGUUUACUGAAUCGCAUUCAGAAACCAGCUUGACUGGUGUUGCUUCCACAAUGUUCAUUAACUCACAAGAGGCUAAUUUUUGGAAAGGGCUGGAGAAACAGAGGCACAUAUUUCUGACCUUACAUUUCCCUGUUGGUAUAUCUUCAAUGUCACUGGAUCCUGCUUUUCCCAUGAUGUAACUUCAAGCAUAUUUUUCACUGUGGUUUGUGACAGUUGCAUGUAGUUCAGUAAGUCAUUUGUAUAGCUUUGAAGCAUUAGUUACUGCACCUUACUUCUCAGAGAAAGAGAGAGGGGGAGAGAGAGAGAGAGAGAGAGAAACAAUUUCUUAAUUUCUUGUCAUAUAAAUGACCCUAACCAGCAUCUUUAAAUGGAUAUUCUGGCGUAAUUUAAGUUAUGGUCAAACAUUACAAUAACACUGAGUUAGACACCCCCUCAGGAGAUAAAUAUUGCUGGCUGCUUGCUUCUCUAGUUACACCAACUUCAGCAACGGUACGACAGCACGAUAGCAAUACAUCUCCACGCACACACCGCAACCAAAAAGCCACUCUAUAGCCACAAAUAAUGCUCAGAACAGCACCUAACUUCAUCAACAGUACAUAUGGGGUUUCAGCCAUAGUACUAGCCACAGAACAUCUUUUUAGCUUUGCCUGAUUUCUUUAGUAAAGAGACCAAACACAACUGACCCACUCUCCUCCAGCAGCCACUUGUUUGUGGGGGAGCCCUGACGAGUCGAUCACCGAGUGCAGCAGAUCAAUUCCUUGAAGUAAUAAUCUUCAUAACAAUCAUUUUGCACUGCAGACGCAGUAGUUCUUCUGCCUUAGCAUCUCGGCCUGAUUGCAUUUCCAUGAAGAAAUGAUCAUUAAUAUUCUUCCUUGAGCUGAAUGUGUUGGGACCCUUUAUGUACUGUUGAUGAAGUUAGGUGCUGUUCUGAGCAUUGUUUGUGGCUAUAGAGUGGCUUUUGGUUGAGUUUUGCAUGUGAAGACGUAGACCAAUGUGUUUUGCAAUUUUGCUGAGGUUGGUAUAACUAGAGAAGCAAGCAGUCGGCAAAACUCAUCUCUAGAGGGGCUGUCUAACUCUGUGUUCCAGUGUGUUUGACCAUGACUUAAACUUACACCAGAAUUACCCUUUCAUCAUUCACGUUGUUUUAUUGUUAAUAUUGCUUUGUUUUCUUUUUUGUUGACUUAUUGUACUUUUUUUGAAGUUUCCCAAAGAUACUGCAAUAACAUCGUUAUCCUGAUAUGGCCACGAUAGUAAUGAGGUAAAUAUGAGAUGUCACAAUAGUCCUGUGUUGUUUAAGAUUUCCAAAGGGUCCAAAACUGCAUCUUUCUAAUGGCAGAAAUGCAAAUAACAUGGACAACAGAGUGCUGUUGCUUUAAAGGUGUUACUAAUCAAUGACAACACUGAUCUUUAUGUGUAAAAUGUUUUAGCCCUGUUUUAUGUAAAUGUAGAUGCAGAUGUGUGUCAAAUGCUGCUAUGUAAAGCACCUUUCAGUUCUUCCCUAAAUCCAUUCACACACCACUGGGGGCAGCCAGCAGGGGUGGGUAAGGUCAAGUGUUUUGCCCAAGAGCGGUUCAGCAUGUAGACAGCCCUGGGGUCAAAUCCCCAAUCUUUCUGUUGGGAGCUGACUAACUCGACCACUAAGCCUCAGCCGCCAUGACAGAAAAAUACAACAUGAUGAAUAUAGUAUAUUUAAAUACAUGUAUAUACAGCCCUAGUUUUGCCCCUCUGUUGGUCUAAAGGAGUGGAUCACAUUGAAAACUAUGCUCCUGCACUCUCUGUUUGCUUCUAAAUCUAUUGUUAAAGUCUAUAGCAGCAUUUUUGGGGCGUUAGUACGUUGUGUGCCAACCCCUAUUAAUAGUCAAACUAAAAUCAAUAGGCAUCGUUUGGAGGUCAAUUAUGUCUUCCCCCACUUUUAAAGCUGCUGAAUUGAGAUUGUUAGAGGGAAUGUGUGGCAAGCAUGAAGAAAACAUGCUCAUUCAGCAGCUGCUUCGCUUUCUGUGCAACCUGACAGCCUUUUGGUAGCUGCUAUGUUCUCCCUGCUGCUCUCUCAGUAUUGAAGAUCCACUUCUUCUCCACUUACACAGACAAUCACUCAAUGUUAUCGAAGAGGGAACCUGGCAGUGUUUCAAACAUGUCUGACAGUUUGAAUAAUUUCAUGAUAAUGUUAUAGUUUAUGUUUUUUGUUUUUUUUUCAUCCUCCAGAUUUAAAACCCAAUAUUCAAAGAAGAGCUUAUCAUUCACAAGCAUUUGGAUGAGAGUUUUACUAGCCCUCGGAACCUCAAGAUGAUGUUACCAUGGAAACAAAUUACUCUACUUACAAUCACCGGAUGCCUUGCAGGUAAGAUCCCUAACACAUAUAUUCACACAUAAGUCGUUAUUGUUCAUGAAAAAAAUACUUCUUUUUUGGGGUUGGGUUAGUUUUUGAAGCGGUAGAGAUUAUAGACAAAUGCUCUCUUUUUGAUGUUAACAGAGUUUGAGAUUAUUCAUCGCACUGAGCAAUAUCAGAGGCAUUGUAGCUGCCUUUCUUAUUAGGCAUCUAGGUCAUAUCACUGAGACAUCUGAAAUGAACUGUUCUUUAUGGCUUACUUUACAAAAGACAUUGUCGGUUUGAGUGGCAUUUUAGCUCAGGUUUGCUGCGGGGGUUGAGUGGAUUACAAAUCAAUAAUGGAGUAAUGGUUUGGGUUUGUCUGAAGCAAAUUCAGCUUCCUAUUUUCCUCUGAACAACCACCAAGUGUUGGUCAAGUUCUUUGUUGCCUCAUUUAACGGGUGCACAUGUAAAAAUAUGAAACCGAUAACUCUGCUUUAUUUCCUGACCAUGUAUUAAUAAAUAAAGUAUCAUGUUUAUAUGUCUAAUUUACAUCAGUAGCAGACUUUAUUUGCAAACUUAAGUCCUCAACUAUUAUAAUCACAUUAUUCCAAUAUUCCUCCUGGCAGUGAUUCCCGGUGGCUUUUUUUUGGAAAUUGUAAUUGUCACCCUCACCUUAAAAAAACUGCACAGUUGUUGAGUAGGACAGAUGGCAAAAACAAUUAAUGCCCAACAAGAGUAACAGAGAUUUAUUCCUCCACAAGCAGAGUGAGAAAAUAUACACAGCUCAUCCGAGGGACCGUCCUUAUUUCUUCCUUCAGUUUAAAAAAACAAAGAAACAAACAAAGACAGGACUGUUCUGUAAUACUCGGUAAGAAAAAGCUGCAAAUGCACAUGAGAGAGAUGGAGUAGUUGCAUGUGUAAAUGAUUUCCCUUGAGCCUUUGUGCUUUUGCUAAAGAGACAUUACUGUCUACCCUUUCCCCAGCCUUUACACAGGAUGUCAAAUUUCAAGGGCCAAGAUGGAGGACGGAGCCAAGUGACCUGAUUCUACCAAUUAACUCCCCAGACCGGCAGGCUGCAGUUUCGUGCGAGGCAGAUGGGAGUCCUCCACUUCAGUACAGGUGAAUUACCGCAUCAAAGUUAGAUUCCCAGAGGCCUUAGCUCACAUAUUUACUCAUUUUGCUCUACGCUAACAUCUCAUGAAGUCAAUUUAUGCUUAAUUGGGUGUGAAUCUCUAUUUCUGCCUUUACAGAGUUGAUGACUGUUGAACAUUAUUUUCUGGACAUGAUCUCUUAGAAAAGGAAAUAAGAGAUCCCGCUAAAAGAUAGGCUUCAAAGAGCAUGAGGCUUACCUGGUAUUUUCGAUUUUUAUCCUGAGCUAUGAUAAACACUUUUAAAUAUUGUUGGUUAAAUAUGCUUACUUUUUAGAAAUAUUAAAGUGAACUUAUAUGAUGAAAAGAUUGAAGCCCCUCUGUGACUCUGAAUCUGGUAAUUAACAAUAUGUUGCAGGAUUUUAGAAGUGACUAGGGGAGCAAAAGAGAUAUGCACCACAGAUCCUUUGAUAUCUCCCUGGCUUUUCCCUGGUGGUGCAGAGAGCCAGCCCAGAGACGGUAGCUUGCGGUCUUUUUUGUAGUAGAUUGUGUUUCAGGGCUUGGUCAGCAGCAUGUAGAUGCAAAGCAAGCACAGGCAAUAACCUUGUGAGUGACAUUCGGUUAAAUGCGUACAUUUCCCAUUAUGUGCCUGCGCUGAAAACCAUAGUCUAGGCACAGCAAGGGAGUUGGGGGGUAUCAUUAUUCUUGUUGUGCAACCUAAGCUAUCUCAGGGUGAAGCUGAAACCAUCACAGGCAUCAUGACAUCUGCACUCUGUAGCAGUCUGUCAUUCACUGCUGUCUCCAGAGAUGCUUUCCCAUCUGGGUACAUUUUGGGUGUUAAUAUAAUCGUUAAAAAAUAAGAUAAAUAAAUUACUAUAUGUUUGGCAGUAUGACAUUUCUUAACAGAAGAGCAAGUAAUUUGAGAACAGUUAUUCAUGGAUCUCUACUUUAAGCUUAGGAUUCAGUGCAAAUAAUAAGCUGGAUCUAAUGAUUUACAAUUCAAAUGAUCACCAAGGAAAGCAAAUGUGUGUAUGUAAAUGUGUUUCUCAAGUAAACUACGCAUAUUUAUGACCACCUUUGCUGCUACAAAUUUGAGGUGUUUUAUGUCUUACAACUGAAAACUUCCAAAUAUAAUAUAGGCAGCAAUAACGCUUUGAUAAAAGCCUGUGGAUUGAAUCCAUCAACAAUGGGUCCAGUGGCAUUGGAUGGCAGCUGUUUUAGCCCCAAUGUCUAUCAAACAGACGUUGGGCCACACUCCCAGCUCCAAACAGCCGACAAAUGGCAAAUUGUCAGUUUACAUAGCAUGCCUUUUUACAUCCUGGGAGAGAAAUCCUUCAUUUUUUUCCACUAACCACACAGCAGGUCUGGGAAUAAGGGAAGCUGUAAACAUGAAAGGACUUGAUCUAGAAGCUAAGUCAAAACAUCUGACUUAACUGAAACAGCCUCUGAAGAGAUGUUUAUCUUGUUCUGACUUUUGGCUCAUUGUGGAGUCUGGGUGUCGAAAACAGCCAUGACUAAAAAAUAUUUUCUCGUUGGAGUGUUGCAGUAGUAAUGAUGUGGUAAUGAUGCUAAAAUUAGAGACUCCAGCUCUAAACAACCGCUCAGAGCCCAUGGUUUUUUCAGCGGAGUGAAAUCAUGAACAGAAUUCUCCCCUUUCCUGAAACAAUGAUUGAGUAAAAAUCCUCAUGAGUCACAGUUUUCUAUUAACACUCACGUCUUAAAAUGACUCCUUUUCCACUCGUUUUAUUUAGGUUCAUCCUCCUGCCUCUUGUGUUUUUCUUUUCCUGCAUAUUUCCAGAACACUCAGCUUUUGUUUGUGUCAAGAAGCAUGACACAUAUCUGACUGUCCUUUUACUCAUGUAGGUCAGAAACAUUCUGCUUAAAGCCAGCGCUAUCAAUAAGGAAUAAAAAGGAAUAUGAAAGCAGGUUUCAAGGAAAGACAUUAUGAUUGAGUAAGCAAACUUUCCUUGCCGUGGAUUGACAUUUCUGGUAAUGCCUUUAAAGACACCUCAUCUCUACCCUUAAUUUUACCUAGAGGGAAGAAUCCAUUUUGCUUUAUUCGGGUUGCAUCAGUUUUUCUGACACGGAUUGUCCUUGACUUGUUUCCCUUCAGGCAAGGAGAGGACUUUUUGUCCCAGCAAUAAAAUAGAGAGCAUUGUUUCUGUGUGCAACUUAUUUCACUGUUUCUGUUAGUAAAACCUAAAAAUCUCCAGAGGAAGCAGUCAUGUGGUGCCAUUUUUUUUCUAGUCUGCAUGUUGCCUUGCCAAUUGAACAGUAUUUAUAUAAUUACAGUGAGAGUACAUUUUAUUUGUUGACUUCGGCUUUCAGAGGAUUUUGUUCCUAUGGGAACAGUCUGUGAUUUAGAAGAAAUAUAUUUUCAUAGGUAGGUAGGUAGUAGGUAGGUAUACUUUAUUGAUCCCAUUGAUUUCAUCGGCCACCAUAUUAAUGUCUUUGAAUAAAUCUAAAGAUGAAACAUUAACUUUGGCAUGCACUGAAAUUAAAAGUCAAGUUUUCAUUUGAUACAGUGUAUUUAACACAGGAUUACUUUACCAUUACUGUUUUUUGAUUAGCCCAGGAAUGACUGUACAAGUUAUAGUGAGUGAUAUUCAAACUGAACUGCUCAUGUUUAAAGUAUAGAAACAUCCACAACCAUGUGACUCUGUAAAUAUUCAUCUCUUUUUGAUCGUUUUUGAAGAAUGGAGCUCUGGGAGACAUGUAAACUUGACUUGACAAAACCUGAUUACAUGUAGAUAUGAUAAAUAAAUCAAAUUAAACUUAAUUUAUAAAGUGUUUUUCAUACAGAAGGAUGUAACACAAAAGUCUUUGCUGUCUGUUAAAAGAUAGAUAAGAUAAGAAGAACUUAAUUCAUCCAUGAGGGAAAUGUGAUAAGGUAGUUACUUGAAUUAUUCAACAGUUUAAAAACUAUAUUGCAAGUAAGACUUUAAAUCAGUGAGACUGAUUACUUUGGUAUUCACUAAAAUUCCUCACACAGAAACCACAACAAGGAUGUUGGGGUAGAUGAGUCAAUGCAGUCAUUGUAGGUUUAAUGUGCUUGACUUCCAGAGUGCUGCAAGCUGGUAUGAUAAAGAAGAGUGUCAGGUUCUUACAUGUGUUUGAGUUCAAUUCUGUACAGGAUUUUAUUUCCACACUGUGUUGUCACACAGUGGUGCACUUAAUACAUGAAGGAGCGCUUUGACAGUUCAUCAGCUGACAGAUAGUUGGGGGGCAGUGCCACAGCACACUCCAGGGCUCAGAUCAGUGCUUUAUCAAUACACCUGUCAUUGUGUUUACUAUGAAUCUUUUGAACGGCACAGCAGUGACUGUAGAGGGGAAAUAAAAAGCUAAUCUGGCAGGUGUCCGCUCUCAUGCAAUGUUACUGUGGGCAGCUGUUUAACUCUGCCUUUGUUUACUAGUUGUUCUAGGGUAAACAUAUCAUGGAGCCAGAUAUGAGGCCUCUAAUAAAAUCCAAAUAUCUGCAUUUUAUUACAUAGUUCAUUUAGAUAUCAUUCCCACUUUAAAUUAUAUUUGAAAAAAAAAAAGGAUUGUGCAAGCUAGAACAUAUAAAAUCUAGAUUUAUAUGAACCCCCACACAAAUCCUCACCCAGAAUCACUGACAAUGACACUUAAUUUACUGUGGAUCAUUUAGCUUAAGGACUAAAUGAACAACGGUUUAUUAAAAGGCUGCAGCAAUAAUCUACUCAACUAAAAGGUUCAGUCUAAGUUAUAUUUCCAUUGUCAGCUUGAGGCAUGGGUGUGUGUGCACGCCUACAAACCAUGAAGUCUGGUCGAUGCCCUCUCAGUGGGUGACAGGCCUCGAGCAGAGCUGGGUGAAUCAGUGCUGCAGUACAAUCCCUGAUCUAUUUGCUAAGGAGACCUCAUGCAAAAUUGAUGUGAACUUCAAGGUCAUGGUGAGUUCAUUCAGAGCAUGCUCAGAUCAGUAUGUGCCUGCAGCAACGGACAACAAAUAGGAAAUAUUCUCCUGGACUCGGCUGGACUUACUGUAAGCUGCUCUUGACCUGAGCUUGGUGGUGGAUUCAGUGUGAUUCAGUUUGAGCUCAUCCUACUGACAGACCUGAACUCUUUCUGCCUCACCUCUCUGUAUCUUACCUGUACAGCCAUGGAGUAACUGUUAUAGCCCCAAUGAAUUAAUUGAAUUAAUGCUGAGGAAAAGAAAGCAUCAGAUAUCAGCAUUCAGAUAGCCCUUUCAUGCAAAUAUAUGACAGUUAAAAAACACUAAUGUAAUGAUAUUAUUGCUGCGUUCCAGUUACCUCGGAAGUCGGAGCUGAGAAUAAAUUACACUCAAGUUGACGGUGUUCCAGCAAACAAGUUGGAAAACCAAGAUGGACACCUACUGUUAGCCGUUGUUAGCUGUUGUUAGCGGUUGUCUGUUGUUGUUAGCGGUUGUUGCUGUUGUUAGCGGUUGUUGCUGUUGUUAGUUGUUGUUAGCUAUACCAGUUGUAAAAAACGCAUAACACAGUAUUUUACUCUUACAAACACCAUAGCACCGUGUUCACAGUUAGACAUUGGGCAGUACAACAUAUACCACUUAUUUAAUUUCACAAAAACAAAACAGAAGUGCUAAUAAAUAAUACAUUGUGAGAGCUUUCACUGUUACUGUUUAUGUUGAUGGACUGCGCUGUGAUCUUUAUUAUGAUCAUGAUGUUGUCGUCAAGUCGGGUUGGCGAGGAUUGUCUGACUUUGCGAGUCAGAAAUCCGAGUUCAGGGGGACGUUCCAGAUGGAUUUCUGACUCGGAGCUCAGAAAUCCUGACUUCCAAGUAAAACUGGAAUGCAGCACAAUUAUAUGUAACUUAACAGCAAAGCUUUCUAAGGCUAAAAUGAAGAGAAGGGAAAAAAAUGGUGGCUAGAGGAGUUGGCUGACCACAUGGCAACUGUACAAUCCCAACCCCCAUAACCCAACCAACACCCCAUCUACAAGGGUUGAAGGGAAUCCAGGUGAAAUUAUUUUUUUGUUUAAAAAUGUAAUAUGAUAUAUCAGUGCAUGUUUCAUGUACUGUCAGUAUCCUGAGUGUAGGGCGUAGUGAAGGAAUAUCAUUGCUGGAAAAGUGACAGAAUCUUACACGUUAAAUGGUUGGCAAAGACUGUAAAUGAAUAAUCCAAGUUACAAGAUGAAACACUGCGUCUUUUGUAGGCUGUCAGACAGGACACCAGGGAGAGUCAUGCUGCUUUUCAGACUUCAUGAAGCAUCAUUUUAACAGCUUGUUACUGUGCCUGGGAAGAAAUCCAUGAAGCCAUGGUGGAGUUUUUUGCUCGGUAUCACUUGGACUGCAAUUAUUAAGUCCUUUGACAAAGACAGACUUAAACAGAGUGAUCCAAUAGGUCUUUGAUUUCCAAAUGCUGUACAGAAAAAAGUAGUUUUUCAUUUGCAUUAAUGAUCUGAGAUUAAAUCCCAUUGGCCUUCAUGUGCUUAUAAAUCUGAUAAGGCUUGCUUCUCUGUCAAACGGUUACUGUCAGACCAGCAGACUGCUGAAUAAAAAGGAAAGUACUCUUCAAGUUCAUUCAAGGCAGAGAUAUUUGUCAAUAUUUUCUUUACGGUGGCGGCGAUGAUUCAUAACUUCUUGAACUAGGUGUCAGAACGCACAGCAGAGCACACAUCAGCUGAUUAGAAACCACUCAGAGAGAGGAUUAGUAAACAAAGCUUCACAGCCCUUUUAAAAGCUAUUCCAAUAACCCAAAAUGGUUUUAGUCAGCUUCAGUGUGUGAAUACAGACUAAAAUUCAAAAGCUUUUAUAAUAUCAAACUAUGUUAUUUAUUUAUUUAUUUAUUCUAUUUUCAGAGAGUUAUUUUUAGUUGGGAUUAUUCUGGACUACAGCUGUAAUUUUGUAACAGACAGGAAAUCCUGUGCUACCUGUGUAUUUAAAAAUAACAACAACAAAAAAUCAAGGUAAUCUUACUUUGCUCUGAAGCAGAAUUUUAUAAUUUUACCAACAUGAGACACCUUUUUAAUCUCAUAGAGCUCAGGUUACAUAAAGUGGACUAAACCAAGCAAAAAGGAGAAAAUCAGCAUCUUUACCGUCUUCUAUUUUCCCAGCAGACUGUGGGUGAGACAGUCAUUCUAGUCACUGUGAUCAGCAUACCGUUGUGCAUCUCUAGGGGAAUCAGCUACUGAUUGUGUUUGCAUUUUUCCAGAUGGUCCCUGAAUGGAACACCCAUCGAUCUGGGGAAUGACGACCGGCGUCGCAUGUCGGGGGGCAGCCUGAUCAUUAGUGACCUGGACAAGGACCAAGACGCUGGGGUUUACCAGUGCACUGCCUUUAAUACAUGGGGCUCCAUCAUCAGCCAUAAAGCCAGUCUGCAGUUUGCUUGUAAGUGGAGCUACAACUGAGCAGAGAUUUCUGGUGUCACUCUGACACAGUUAUGUCACGAUGCUUUUUGGUUCUCCUGGGUGUAGUCCCAAUGUUAUGUACUUAGCCUUGACCUUCUUUCUCUACUCUAUUCACAGUUUCUCUUUUAUUUAUCUGGUAGUCAUUAUUCAGUGCUGGACAUGGUAACUCAAACUCAGUUAAUUCUUUGAGUGGUUCAGAGUGUGAUCGCAUCCAUGCUUUGUGCACUUUGACUCAUAGUUUUGCCAAGUUAAGACAGCAGCAUGUCUUUGGAUGUACCUGAUGAAAUUUGAGUGGGCUUUUACCCACAGUAUGGAAAUGCUGUGAGAAUAAAAGACCUGUAAGAGGCCUACAAAAUAUAAUUGUUUUCGCAAGGCCUGACGGAUGGGUCAAGUAAGUUUUUAAGAACGUUCUAGACCCCAAACAUUACAAACAAUAAAAAAGGAUCAAAUGUACGACUCUAGUAUGAUCCUGCAAAAGACUUUUGAUUAAAACAUCAAACACACCAAGUUUUUUUUUUUGCAUUGAUAGGCUUAUGCAGAGUUGAAGCAGCUUUGCUCAAGAGUAUGAGUACAUUUAAACACAUUACCCAAAAAAAGGAGCGGAUCGAUUGCCCAGAUCUAUCAUCUUCAAUCUGUAGUGGCUGCUCUUUGUAGUUUAUGGGCCAGCCUUCCUGGUAAAGCAUGAGAGGCUCCUGCUUACAAAAGAAUCACUGCAGCUGCAGUGAGUUUGGCCUCUAGCUCACAAUGAUACAGUUAGUGGCCAGUUCACUCAAGUGAAGCCCAUUACUCUGCUACUGAGGUCAGAGCACAGAGAAGUGUAUCCCUCUCAGCAUUAGCCGAGCUUUAUCUCCCUCUCCUUUGCCAUUUUGUAUAAGGUCAGUAAAUAUGAUAUUCUUUUUUCUUAUCUACUGCUGUUUGUUUUGUUUGCUUGUUUUUUCUGUUAUUUUUGUUUCCUACAAUGUUUUGUCACCUUCCUCAUUUACGUUAGUGCUUGGGAACCAAUUUACUCACUAACUCAAUUACCAACUGACUGAUGUACUGACUAACAGACUGACUCACUUCCACAUGUAUUGACUGACCAGCAUUAACCAGCUGACUGACUUGAUUAGUGAAUUAUUGUCAGAGGCUCUCUGAAUUUGUCAUCUGCUCCUAAAAAAAAAUUAGUGACACAGUCAGUAUGAAUUGCUUUUAUGCUGCACUUUUAUGCUGCACUUUUCUUGUUAAAGGAGGUUUUAUUUCCUCUAUUACCCCUCCUCAGAAGCAGUAUUUAGGAAAUGGAGUCAUUAUCAUCUAAGACAGCCCAAAGAGAUCAGAAGGACAAGGCCCCUGCCUGUAUUUCAAGUCAGCCAUCUCCUCCUGUGGCCCUCUCUGUGUCCUGCCGUGACUUGGCUCGGUUUGAUCCCUCUGUGGUCAUCACCGAGCCACACAUUAAUCCUACCAACACUCUUUCCCAUUUCUCUCCAUAAUCCUCCUCCUUCUAAUUUCCCUUAUCAGUCACACGGACUUUCUUUUGUUUGUGUUUUGGAAGGCUUACUCUAGGCUGGCAGCCAGAGGGUGCAGACUGAGUACAGAGCAGAUUACAGCUGCUUCCCUCCAUCAGGCACCAGGCCAGGGAGGGUUCAUCAACACAGGUUUAGGUUUGGAGUAUUGAUGAUGAAAAGCCUGAUCAAUCCGUCUUAUUAUUUGUAACUAAGAUGCUUGUAAAAGCUUCUCAGGUUGUCGGGGGGGUACCGCAUGGACUUUUAUAGUACAAUAUUAAAGUCCCAGUGUCCAAGAUACAGCAUCAAGACAGACCAACUGAGAAUAUGUGAAGAGACUUAGGGAAAACAUGUCACCCACUGUCACUGGGUUCUUUUUAAUGAAAACCUUGAUCUUACAAAUAAGGGCUGUCACAAUACACUAAUUUUAAAAUAAUAAUAAUAAUUAUAUUCUGCUUAAAAUAAGCAUAUCAUCGCUUUCCAAUGAAAAACACUUACCUCCACUUUUUCAAAACAUGCAUGGUCCAUAAUCUUCCCUAACAACCCGUAGCUUUGGGUAUCUAAAUAACCAAUGGAAAGAUAUUUUAUAUCAUUAUCAGUAUCACCAUUGGGUGUCGGAAAUGUCAACAAAGCACGUAUCUCCUGCCCUGGCCCUGCGUUGUCAUAUCAGCAAACAGACUGUGAUAUGAGUUUUAAGAAGUCGUCAAGCCUCGUCAUUAUCUUACACAGAUUUUACACUGUGACAGACUCAUUACAGUCCAGGGUAAUGCUACACUAAUGUCCUCACAUUGACUAAUGCUGACUUAAAACUUUUAUUCUAACCAUGACAGUGUUGCUUACCUGUACGUUAGAUUUCUUAAACUGAAGUUCAUCUCCAGAGGCAAAGCUGCUGCUGUUUUCUCUCACACACUUGUUGACUAUCGUAUUAAUGAGUUGUGUUUCUGCUAUCUUUUAAUUUCUUCACUGGUACUGAAGUGAAAUCAGAGCCAGAGUUUUAUUGAAAACCAAUUUAAUUAGUAGCAUAAGAACUCAUAGUACAUUUUUCAGUUGUUUUUUCAGUAUACCUGCAUCAGUUGCAGACACUAGUGCAUGUUAAAUUUGGAGUCGUGACUCAAAAAGGUUGAUAACCAAUGUGCUAUGUGGAAAUGUAGGAUAGCCCGCUAUCAAUAGUUUAUCAACAUAGUGGGAUAUAAACAGGAUACUUGAAGCUGGUAAAUAACUGAACAUCAUUGGAGUACAAUUAAAAAACACGUAGCUAUGUCCACUAUCACUCACAACGCAAAGCAUGUAAGUUUGUUUAAAAUAUCAAACAGGUUACUGAUGACUGUGUAAAUAUAGAUUUUGGGUCCCUAUUGUGUCUAAUUAACAGUGUUUUGGGUUUAUUAUGUAAGGUAGUUUAUGAAUAAAAUUGUUUUUUAAUGUUCCUGAAAAAAACAAAUAUUGGAGAUACAUGUUUUUUAUUGGACAGACGAUAUGAUAAUACCGUGAGUUCAUAGUUGUGGUCCUUUAUGCUGGUUAUUUUAUGUCUUUUAACAGUGGUUGGACAAAGAAGUAUAGCAGCUGUAGGAGAGCUAGCUGUAUCAGUCCUUUGAGAGAUGAUUCAGUACUUCUUAAGAUUUAUUGUGAAUCCAAAAACAAAUUUACAGCUGGUGGCUUUUCAGGUUACUAAUCACCUGAACAUUUGUACUUCCUAACUGUUUUUUUUUAAAACUGUUUUCAUCCGGUUUGAUAAUUUAUGACCUUCCAGAAAUAAAAGCAUAAUUUGACCAUGCAUGAAAUAAAGCAGCCUGUGCGCUUGAUAGAAAAAUAAAUAAAUAAGUGUAUGAUCAGUUUUUUUAUGAGGCAGUGUCCUCUACAAAGAAGUUUCGGUCACACGGCUGGAAAUAAAGAUAAAUCAUAAGUUGUUAGGACUGGUUGAUGGCAGGUGAAGUAAUUUUGUGGAUUAGCUAAAUCGAUUAAUUUAUAUGAUGCUCCACAACUUUCUGGCCUCAAUUUGUCUGAUGAUGUUGUUUUACCAUCAAGUUUUCCAUGAGUGUUGUGAUAACAUCCUCAUCACCUUUUUUUUUUUUACAGCUACAGCUUGUAAGGUGUUCAUCUGAUACUGUGACAGCCUCUUUACGGACUACAGAAAAGCCCACAUUUAACCAAUUUUGGUGUCUCACGUUAGUGGUUUUUAUUUUUCAUUUCAUGCUGCUGUCUUACACUACUUCAUUCUUGUCUGAUUCAUCAGAUCUCGACAACUUUAAAACUCAAACUGUGAGGAGUGCUGUUAAUGUCCGUGAGGGCCAAGGUGUGGUUCUGUUAUGUGGACCACCAGCACACUCUGGAGGUAAGUCUGCUUCAUCUUCGUAAGCCCCUUUUUCUGCCUGCUGUCUGUUAUGUGUUAAAUGUCAUGAUAGGAAUUCACUCCAUUUGAAUAAAAGAUCACUCCUAAUCUCUAACUCUUUUCACUGAGCACGCUCGGCAAUUGACCUCAUCUGAACACAAAAUACCUUGAGGUGGAUGUCUAGAUGAAUGUUCCUUUAAUUGUAAUAACAAUUUUUCAAUCAAAGCAAAAUUCAUUUAUUUUUUCUUAGAUUACUGGAGUCUUGUGAAAAGAGUUUUGAAUUUUUCCAAAACACUCUAAUCUUUGUGUCUUUCCUUAAAACAUAGCAAUCUGAACAGUUAAGCUUUUUUCUAUUUAACCAGCUUCUUGCUACAGCUUUAAACCGAAGCACUUCCACACACACAUGUGAAGUAGUUCAGCAACUUUUAAAACAAAUGUUUUUUUUUUAGGUAAGAGAUCAUUUAGCCAGUAUCUAUCUGCAAAGAAAACUGAAGACAUGAACCGUGUUUGCUGCCCAGCUUGUCUCUCUCUGGUACAGUAGCUUGCACAGUGCAACUACCAAUUUCCUUGACUAGAGUACGGUUCAUAACACAGAGUCCAGUGCUGCAGGUCUAUGGUAUAAUGGGUCUGAUUACUAAGUGUGAAAUUAAGUUUGACAGCUGUCCUCUGACACAGGCUUUGCACAGUUUGCUCCUAUAACUACUGCACUAUUGAGUGUUGUCACAUUUACAGAACUAAGUAGAAGCUGCGAUUCCCCACUUGCCCUGUUUUUGCCUCUCGACUCCCUCCUCUUCACUUUUGAAUAUCAAAGCAUUCAUUUGCCAUACAAUCUUGUAAACUUCUCAUCUCAAUACUAGAGCAGCUUAUCUAUUUUUUAUUACUCUUCAUUGACUUUGAACUCUGCAGAAGCUUUUUCUCCACAACCACAUUAGAGAUUUGACAUUCACCAAUAAGUUAGUCAUUUAAAGGGCUCUUUUUAAGUGAAGGAUGCGAACCAGUUCAAAGCUUAGACCAAAGACUGUGUAUAGAAUAGACGUCUUCUGCCUCCUCGCUGGGUGAAGCCUCUGUGAGAACAGCACCCUCUGGUGACGGGCUGUUGUAUAGGUCAUAAAUUCCUCCUCCUCAUACAACUUUUUUUUUUUUUACCUCUGAUACAAUACUGAUAUUGUAGCUUUCAGUAUUGUCCGAUACCGAUAUUGAUUCAAUAUUAGCACAAACUUUUGCAUGACAAGUUUUGCACUCAGCUGCAAUGUCUUUUCGGCCUUUAAUGAAAAAUACUGCCACAGGGCUGACAUCACUCCUACUCCUUGGUACUUGGUACACACUGUUGUUGUGAUCACAAGGGCUCUACAUGCUGGAUCGAGGUGCAGGAGCGGAGUCUGGAAUGGACUGCCUGUAUCAGAGUGCUGAUAUAGGAGAUUUUUCUGAUAUAAUCCGAUUUUCAAUUUUUUGCUGAUAUCAGACAGAUAUCCCAUAUCAAUAUCGUAUCAGGACACCCCUAGCUGAAAUUUUAGAAAUUUAUUACACAGAAUAUAAUUUUUUUUCCCCGUUGGUUGCAACGUUGACAUGUAGUUACAGUAAGACUGGUUUGUGCUCAAGUCCUCUUUUUUCUGUACAGCUACAUUUUUUAAAGUUAUUAGGGGGUUCAUGUUUUCUAUGAUUGACACUUGAUAUAGCUUAUGGGCAUAUGAAAAUUGUGUAGCGAGCCCGGGGGAUAUGCUGUUUAAGCAGAGCGUCAUCACAGCGACUCUAUCACUGAGCGCUACUGCACUGGGCGACUUCUACCCUGGUUGUCUUCUAAAAAGUAAAUCAAUAUAACAACGAGCAGGUCUUCUGAAUAACUCUUUGAAAGGAAUGGCUUCUAAAGAUCUGGCUCCCUUCAAAGAGCUAUAAACCUCUAAACCACAUACAUUAUCUCAUCACUCAGGUUGUUACAGUCCAUGAGGACAGGUCCAAGUUCAGACCUGGACAACUAACUUCACAGGACUCAGUAACCUAGCAAUGUCUUAAUGGAGUGUAGGAGUAGGUGUAGAUUAUGUUAAAGAGUGGAUGCAGGGCAGAAGUGCAGACUACAGCAGCUAAGCAAAAUGUUGACUAUUAGGGGCACUAUUUCACCCUGGUGGUUGAUUUGAGCCCAGUGUCUGGACUGAAGGGUAUGAAAAUGUAUCAUACUGUGCACGAGACUCCAGAAGUUUUUUUUUUUUUUCAUUAUGUGGGAUUGUCAGAGGUUUUAGCCAAUUAUCAGCUAAGGCUGUUUAGCAAAAUAAUGUUUCUAAUGAGGCGGGACAGUUGACCAACCCACCAGCGUGUCAAUUAAAGUCAGCGCUGCUGCAUUUUGUUAGGCCUGUGGAUCUUUAAAAAAAGAAAAAAAAAAUAUUCAAUUGCUUUAGUUUUAGGAAUUUAUUCAUGCAGAGGUUUUUUUUUCUACAUGAAAGCCACAAUGAAAUCACUUCUCAUUUGACUUGAAAUUGUACGGCAAUAUCCUGCCACAGUUUGAUACAGAUACAUUGUUCAAAUGUAGGCUAGACUGGCUCUGACUAUGAGACUCAUGCUUGUUUAACAGAAGGAGCUUCAUAUCUACAUCACUGCCCCCAGCUGAGACACUCUGUUCCAUCAAAAAGCGAGGAGGCUUGCAGACGGGGGGACUUGAGGGUCACUGCAUACACCUUUUGUCACUGAGCAUUUCACCUUCAAAAUGUUAGACUGCGCCAGACACGAAACUGUGCAGUGAGUCCUUCUAAAUAUGGCAAAAAAUGAACUGAUUCCUCACAGCAUGCUUCACCUUUUCAGGGUUGACACUGCUUCUGAGGGAGUAUUGCAUUAUGUAACACCUACCAUACAUCAGUCCAUUAACCCCUCAAUCCAUCCUUCCAUUAGUUUAUGCCUCCCCUGAGCCAACCGUGUCACCCAGGGACCAGGAGAAUGGAGGCCAUGUGUCAAGGGAGGGCCAUUGGCGUACUAUAAUCCAUUUUGUUUCGCUCCCUUUACUUAGAUCCCAUUUCUUCUGCACUGGCAGUUUCAACAUUUGCACUACUAUUUCUCCCAAAAUAAAACCAGAUAAGGAGAGGACAGGUUCGUGAAGUGUUUGCAUCUUAAGGCCACCGUGUGUGUUGUUUCUCUUGGUUCAGCUGCCCAAUAAAUGAUGAUCAAUGUUUCUAAAAUGCUGUAUGUGUGGAGUCAAACAGGCUAAGAAGCUGCUCCAGGUUAAAAUGAUGUUCUGUCUUUUUCCAGAGUUGACAUUUGCUUGGAUCUUCAAUGUGUACCCGUACUUCGUCCAACAAGACAGUCGUAGAUUCAUUUCUCAAGAAACAGGGAGUUUGUACAUCGCGAAAGUGGAGCCCUCAGAUGUCGGCAACUACACCUGUGUGGUUAACAACACUGUCACUAAGGAAAGGGUGCUCAGCUCUCCUACACCACUGGUUCUCAGAAGUGAUGGUAAAUGCUUCAAAUUAUAAGAAACUUUUAUGCUGAACUCCACUGCUUUAUCCAUCUUUCAAACAAAUUUUAGUUGGUCUGUUGACAACUUAAUGAUUCUGUUGACAGCUCUAUGUUUCAGCGGUUGAGCUGUCCUGAAUAUUGGCCUCACUUGCUGACAGAGAAAGCUGCUCCAAAUUGGAUGUCUGAGAAUUCAGAGCCCAGAAAGUGAUAAGCUCUAAAGAUGAUGUGCUGUGUUGACAUUUAGGGUUGACAACAGCUAACUGCCUGAGAGGCAAUCAAGUAAAGAGUGAAGUACAAUUUUAGUUUCCCUCCAGUUAAUGUAGUCUGUGUGUGUGUGUGUGUGUGUGUGUGUGUGUGUGUGUGUGUGUGUGUGUGUGUGUGUGUGUGUGCGUGUGGGCCCUUCAGUGGUUAAAGGAAUAUUCUGGUGUAAAUUUAAGUCAUGCUCAAACACACUGUAACACCGAGUUAGAAACCACCUCAAGAGAUGAAUGUUUUCGACUGCUAGCUUCUCUAGUUAUACCAACUUUAGCAACGACCGCACAAUAGCAAUACACAGCGGUCUGCGUCUCCAUGCGCAAACCUCAAAUGAAAAGCCACUCAUAGCCCUGACGAGUCGAUCACUGACUUCAGCGGAAACUUUAUGAUCAUCACUUCAUGGAAAUACAAUCAGAACAAGAUGCUAAGGCAGAAGAACUACCACAUCUGCAGUGCACACUCAAGACACACAAGAACUCUGAUUGCAUUUCCAUGAAGUAAUAAUCACAAACGUUCUUCCUUGAGCUGCGAAACUCCGCUGCACUUGGUGAUCGACUCGUCAGGGCUCCCCACAAAAAAGCGGCUGCUGGAGGAGAGUGGGUGAGUUGUGUUUCGUCUCUUUGCUAAAGAAACCAGGCAAAGCUGAAAAGAUGUUUGGUGGCUAGUGCUAUGGCUAGGGUAUGUACUGUUGAUGAAGUGCUGUUCUGAGCAUUAUUUGUGGCUAUAGAGUGGCUUUUUGGUUGAGGUUGGAGAUGUAGAUCACUGUGUAUUGCUAUUGUGCAGUCGUUGCUGAAGUUGAUAUAAAUAGAGAAGCAAGCAGUCGAUAACAUUAAUCUCUCGAGAGGGUGUCUAACUCAGUGUUUUGGUGUGUUUGACCAUCACUUAAAUUUAUGCCAGAAUAUCCCUUAAAUGCAUCUAGGGUUUCUAGCUGACCUGCUGUGGUAUGCGUAACGUGUGAUGUUAAUUAUGUAUUUGAAAAAAGGUCACCUACCUUUUUUUUCCCUUUUUGUAGGUGUGAUGGGUGAAUAUGAACCCAAAAUAGAAGUUCAUUUCCCUGAUUCAGUUCCAGCUGCUAAAGAUUCGGUGGUGAAACUUGAAUGCUUUGCUCUUGGAAAGUAAGUCAGCCUCAUUUAUGUGUGUCAAGAGCUUUCGGCUCCUCAGUAUAGUGCUACUUAAAAUAAUUAAUGAAUACACAAGUACACAUUUAUUGGUAGCAAGGGCAGUAGUAUUUUAAGGCAAAUGGGUAAAACUCAAAGUUUUGUCUGUGGUCUGAUUUGCAUGGAAUAAUUAUUCCCGGGACGCUUGCUUUAGCCACCUUUCUUAAGGUCCUUAACCAAAAUUCAACUAUUGUCUGUCUUUUAAAGCCCUGUCCCAGAAAUAAGCUGGAGGAGAACCAGCGGCAUCCCUUUUCCCAGAGAUGUCAAAAUGAAGAACUCAAAUGCUGUUCUUGAAAUCCCCAAUUUGCAGCAAGAAGACGCAGGAAUGUAUGAGUGCAUGGCAGAGAACAGGCGAGGCAAAAAUGCUGCACGGGGUCGUAUUUCAUUCCAUGGUAAGUGGUUAAUUUCAAAUAGAGUGGCAGUAAAUGCAGAGAUACAAAUGACGUUGUAUAAAGUAUCUCAUGCUGAAUUACAGUGGUACAGAGAGCUUCAGCAUGGAUGUGUACUUCACAAAAGAAUAGAAACUUGUUGGCAAAGAAAGAUUUAGAAAAAAAGGCACAAACCCCAAUUCCAGUCAAGCCUUCCCCUGCAGUCUGCAAUGUUCACCGCCGAGAGUUUACACUGCAUCUAUGACCAACUUUCUUUAUUACUCAAGAGUUAACUCAGAAAAGCUGAAUGGUAGUUUAUCUUAAAAGUACCUCUUGGCUCUCAUUGCUUUUUUAUUGCAUGACAACAACCCAUGGUCGACAGGACACAUUUAUUUCAUCAAAAUGGACUGUGGUAGCUGUUGAAGUAACAACUGAAUUAACAAACCAACUGCAAAGUGAAAUGCUGAAAAAUCAGUGCAGCAUACCAAGAUGAGUGUUUGGAUCUGAGCGGUAAAGUGCUGAGCUAACUGGCACCCACUGUGGCAGCUACUCCUUCAUGUGACAUCUAACCCAUCCAGCCCCAGCUCAAAAAUAGCAAAGUAACCCAUUUAAGUCAGACAAGUUUAGUAUUUUAAAGAAAAUGUGAACUUAAUGUUUAAAUAUUCAAUUUUAUGAAAAAAAUAUAUGUUCUUUAUAUGUUAAAUGUAAAAUCAACCUCUCUCUUACACAAUCUGCUUUAUAUAUGAUUAAAAAAGGAAACAACUGACUGUAAAUGUUUCCAAUAGCAAUGCACAUGCCACUGAGAUACAUAAGAACAAAAAUGAUUCAAUUAAAAACUGGACUCCAGUAGCUGCUUAGAUUCUUACUGAGGCUGGAAACUGUAAGUUGCUGUUAAAAUCUGUCUUUGAGACUUACAAUAAAUGAUCAAAUAACAGAAUGAUAAUGACCUACAAAACACUUUUGCCACCAAGAAAUGUUGCAUGGAGACAGCAUAAGAGAAUGGACUGAAUGGCUCAGCAAAAGGGUAAAUAAAUGGCACUCAAGCUAGUUCAAGCAAAGAGCAUAGAUAAAAGUCAUCUGUGAAAUGUCAGAGGUCCGAGAGGCAUUAUAACAUCAUCGUAGAGGAUAGUUGAGACGUGCUGGGUUGAAAAAAGUAAAACAGGACCAUUUUUGAUUGGCAACAACUACCAGAGCCACCCUCUGCUUCUGAAAAAUCUUUAACUCGCUGCUGGUUGAGCACAGCAGAAGGUCGACCCUCGUAAGUGCUGGUUUCUGCCUCCUGUACAGAAACGUUUGUUUGAAUGUUUGAUUUCAUUUUAAGAGUGGGUGCUAAAUGAACCCUCAAAUGCAUGCCAUCUGCCACCAUCCAAGUUCUUGCAUCUGGUCAUUAUGACUUCCUGGCUUUGCCAGACUGUAUAUAAACUGUAUGUAGACUGUAUAUAGUAUUGUCUAUAAUUAUAUACAGUUUAUGGUUAACUAUUUUGUAGCUAAUAUUAGUUAGUUGACACAUCAAUAGUGAAGAUAAAGUCACAACUUUAAAUUACCACUUUUAUCACAAUUGAUUUAAUUUUCUUUGAGGGCAACACGAUAUGUACUCACUAGAUAUGUACUCACUAUAUGCACUCACUAGAUAUGCACUUACUAGAUAUGCACUUUCUAGAAAAGCACUCACUAGAUAUGUACUCACUAGAUAUGCACUCACUAGAUUUACACUUUCUAGAAAAGCACUCACUAAAUAUGUAGUGACUAGAUAUGCACUCACUAGAUAUGUACUCACUAGAUAUGCACUCACCAGCUCUGCUGAAAUUGCCUGGAUUUCAGGAUCCAAUGCUUACAGACACCAACAGUUUUGCUCCAGUGCUAACAGGAAAAAGUAAAAUGUGCCAGGACUUUAACGUAUGCUGAUACGGUAGAAUGUGUGUGAUCUGGUGGUCUGCUGUGUUGUUUUUGUUAUGCAGUGUCAAUAACCAUUCUCAAGAGAGGUUGCCAAAGGGUUUUGACUAGAUGAUAGUACAGCUGCUUGUCGCAUAUUGUAAAAGUGAACUGAACUUGCCACAUGUUUUAAUAGUAAAUAAACUUUAACAUAAAGAUGAAUCAAAAUAAAAACGUUUUGUCCUUAUUAUAUCGCAAUACUCUUGUAUUGCAGUUAAACUUUCAUGAUUUAAUAAAAGGUUAUCUUUAAUGACUUUCUGUUUUCUGUCACUAAUCUUUACUUAUCCUAUGUGUCUUCACAUAAAAUUGUUGAUUAAUGACAGAACUUUUGAUUUACUUAAAGCUAAACCUCACUGGAUCCAGACUAUGAGGGACAUGGCUCUGUCUAUUAAAGAAAGUCUCUUCUGGGAGUGUAAGGCCAGUGGAAAGCCAAAGCCGUCCUACAGUUGGCUGAAGAAUGGGCAGCAAAUGAUGUCUGAGGUAUGGCGAUUCCUUAGAACCAUUUUCUGUGUCUGUGUGCAGGUUUUCAUCGUCUAAUCCCUUCCCUCAUUUCAGUACAUAUGUGAAAUGGUACAAGGCUUAUUAUCUCCUUUUCCCUUCUUUUCCUCCACUGCUGUCCUCCUUUCAUGAUGCCUCUCUAAUUGCUGCUGUGCUUUCAGAUAUAAUAGACUGGCCCUAAACAAUAUAUAAACAAAAGUGUUCUUCUUUUCCACAGGGCCGGGUACAAAUUGAAAAUGGUGCCCUUUCUAUAUCCGAGUUAAACCUGUCAGACUCUGGGAUGUAUCAGUGUGUAGCUGAAAAUAAACAUGGAAGUGUUUAUUCAGGUGCCCAGCUAAUGGUGUUAGGUAAGACUGCAUUCCUUCUUCUGCUUUUACACUGCUGCUGUUUCUGUAUAUAUAAUCAUCUCUUAAGACAGGAGCAGACUGCUGUCUCUCUUUACCUGUCAUUCUGCUAGCAUAUUGUCUGUCACUGAGGGCUCUGUUAAACUGUGGAUCAGAUGGAGAGUCAUUUUUCCACACUGAUUGGAAGACUAUAAACAAGUUUUCUGUGUCAUUGCGCUUGGUGUUUCAUGUAGAUGGGGUAUUUAAUAAGGAUGUUCCAACAAGGGUACCUCACGAUUCAAUCCCAUUUCAAUUAUGGGAGCUUCGAUUCUUUGAUUGUCCAAUUACAAUGAUUGUCGAUUUGAUUUGAUUAUUGGUGCCACGAUUCUUUAAUUAUUGCCAUUUUUAAUGCUUUUUUUCAUACAAGAUGGAUUUUGUCUUCAUCUGUGGCUACAUUUGUAAAUAAAUAGCCUAUCAAUUAACUCAGUUACUCUAAAACUACACAAUAAUAAGGUUUUUUGAACUUUUGACUUGUAUUUUUCAAAGACACAAAAUAUUUAAUUUUUUGACUCGUGAUGCAUCGGCACAUCAAUGAAUUGCACCCACCUCUAGUAUUUACUUAUUUGCAAAGCUUUGAUGACUUACAUCUGACUGGUUCAAUGAGUGCCCUGGUACACAGCAAAAACACAUGGGGGUCAAGGUGGUUGCUGACAUCCCAAUGAAUGUGAACAACAGCCUCAAAUUUAAAAACAUUUCCAGAUCUAAAACUUGCUUGGAUGUUUUGUGUGUAACUCAGGAUGGAGUUGCAGGUGGAACCAUUGCCAGUGCCUACAAAGCUAUUCUAAAAAAUGUAUUCAUGUUACCUUCACUCAUGUUUUCCCUAUACAGCUUCACCACCCAGUUUCUCCAAGAGUCAUUGAAGGCCUUGAUAAAGGCUCGAUUAGGCACUGAAGUAACACUUGAAUGCAAGCCGAAUUCAAUUCUGCCUUGGUACACAGCAGAAACACAUUGGGGUCAAGGUGGUUGCUGACAUUCCAAAUGUGGUGAUGAAUGUGGACAACAGCCUCAAAUUUAAAAACGUUUACAGAUCUAAAACUUGCUUGGAUAUUUUUUGUGUAACUCAGGAUGUGGUUGCAGGUGGAAAAAUUGCCAGUGCCUACAAAGCUAUUUUAAAAAAUGUAUUCAUGUUACCUUCACUCGUGUUUUUCCCUAUACAGCUUCACCACCCAGUUUCUCCAAGAGUCCAUUGAAGGCCUUGAUAAAGGCUCGAUUAGGCACUGAAGUAACACUCGAAUGCAAGCCUGAGGCCUCACCCCCAGCAAUUAGUCUGUGGAAGAAAGGGAGUGAGAUCCUGCAGCAAAAUGAAAGGUAGGUCAAAAGUCCAAGCUCUUGAUCAUAUUCAACACCUGCAGUAAAGUGCAAGAAAAAUUGUGCACAGCUAAUAUACCACUCACACCCUCAUGUGCAGAUAUCUUAGUAUGAGCGGUGAAGGUGCCGGCUGGUCUGUCAACACUCCAUGCAUGAAAUAUUUGAGAAGAUAGAAGAUGAGCACAAAGCCUCUGCAAAAGAUACACCUGUUGUCCUUAAAAUGAAGCAAGGAAGAGUAAAGCAAACUUGGAGGUUUUGAUUGAAAGAUUUAUCAAAUGAGCAAAGAAAGCCUUCGUGAUGGAAUUGAACGCAGAAAUAUCACGUGGGUUAUACAUACUAGCAUGGCUUUGCGGCAGUCAUUGGUGCUUAAUUUAGUUUAUUGCCUUUUGCUGUCAUAUGACUUGUGGAAUGGAUCAGAGGUUAAAAUGAGCACCUGAACAUAUUUCACUUCCAACCAACAUGCCAAUCAAGCAUUUAAAAAAUCCAAAAUCAAGUCAGAGACAAGACAUGACUCAGCUCAUGCAGACAUUUAUCAUCCUGUUACCCUGGUUGGAGGGAGUGAAAAAAAUCGUUGAUUGUGUGCACACACAUACACACACAAACACACACACACACACACACACACACACACACACACACACACACACACACACACACACACACACACAGAUGUUUUUAAAAAUGUUGUUUUUGUUAAAAGCUGCUCUGCUUCCCUUAGGAUUACUUUGCUACCCAAUGGGACGUUAAAGAUCUCUAAUGUGACCAAACUGGAUGCAGCCAGCUACACAUGCUUUGCCAGGAAUCAGUUUGGGACAGCAAGCACUACUGGAAGACUGCUUAUCACUGGUGAGUUCAUAUCAAAGUUAAAUUUAAUCCCAAGUGUAAUUGAAUUUAUUAUCUGAAGCGCUUAUACUCCUGCUACUUUUAACCCACUGUAAAGCUAAACAAGUUGGAAAUACUCAAGCAAAAUUCACAUUGAGAAGCAGAAAUGACUUAAUAUACUUUAAGUUAAUUUAUUGUUUAGUGCACUGAAUUGUUUUUAUUUCUGUGAAAUGUCAGAGGUCCGAGAGGCAUUAUAACAUCAUUGCUGAGGAUAGUUGAAUUUUUGAAUUUUUAUGUCAUGCAUACCAAAAUUAAUUGAUUUGGUGAUACUCUUUAAACGAAAAUCCAAACACACUAGUCUUUACUUAAAAGAAUUAUCUCUGCUAAACCCAUAGCCCAGUGAAACCUUAUUAAACAAUGUAAGUGUGCUUUUCUUUAACAGUGAAGGGAAAAAUAAACAAUUCUUUAUCAGCUACUAAUGUACAAGAAAAAAAAACACACAUUUCACUGAAUGUUAAGAUGUACAGAUACAGUCUGAAACAACCUCAACAUUACAGUAGUUUUAUAAAAACUAGCUGACAAAAUCAAUCACAAUGUGUGACAGGAGUGUUGAAACUGUCCAAAAUGAUCCCCCCAGAGUAGAAACAACAUAUGAACAUCAGCCAUACAUACUGUUCAAACAGCUAACAGGUUCUCUCUUACUUCCCAUGAGUUACAGUGCAGAGUAAUAGAAAUCAACAGGAGCAGAAAGAGGGAUGUAUUGUGAACACACACACGCCUUAAAAAAAUAAAUACAUAAAAUAAAAAAUUCUGACUCAGCAGACAAGGUUUGAGAGGUCUGUGAUCAUCAAGACACAUUUGAUUUUUCAGACCAAAUGUAAACAUGUGGAAGAGUUUCUUUGGGUAGUUUUAUGCAAUCCUGAGAUCAAACUGAAUAUCAUAAGGAGCGUAUCAGCCGAUCUUUCUUCUCACAACAAUGUCAUCUUUAGUCACUAUAGAAAUGCUGUCAGGGUUAGACUGGAUUGUACUGGUGGGGUCUUCAUUGGCAACAGUGGAGAGAGAAAGGAAAGUCUUCAGUGUCCAGCUCAUCUUCGCACUGCAACACAUACACACAAAUAAUGCCGAUAAGUAAAAUUCUGUCCCAUUCUUGCUUGAUGGACCGCUACAGCUGAUCCACAGUCAUGGGUCUCUAUUGUGGUAUUUUGCCCUUCAUAAAUACUCCACACAUUUUCAAAGGGAGACAGGUCUGGGCUGCAGGCAGGCCAGUCUAGUACCUGGGCUCUUUUACUCUUAAGCCCCGCUGUUGUAACUCUCCCUCACAGAUGUGACAGUUAGCCAUGGGCACUAACAUACCACCAGACCAUCACAGAUGCUGGCUUUGACCUUUGACCUGAGAACAGUCUGGAUGGUCCUUUUCCUCUUUAGCCCGGAGGACACCACAUCCAUGAUUUCCUAAAACUAUCUAAAUGUGGACUCAUUAGACCAAAGCAGACUUUCUCACUUUGGGUCAGUCUGGUGGUCCUGAUCGUUGUUGAUGUCUGUCUCUGUCCUUACUUGGUAGAGACUGAACUUGUAGAUGUCGAGACUAACUAUGCACACUGAUAAUGGUUUUCUGAAGUCCAUCUGAGCCCACAAAGUAAAAUCCUUUACAGAAUCAUAAGAGUUUUUGAUGCAGUGCUGCCGGAGGGGUCAAAGCUCACAGGCAUUAAGUGUUGGUUUUUGGCCUUGCUGCUUACCUGAGGAAAUUUCUCUGAAUCUUUUGAUGAUAUUCUGGACUGUACAUGAUCAAAUCUCUAAAUUCUUGCAGUUUGUUGAAAAAUGUUUUAAAACUGUUGGACUAUUUGCUCACUCAGUUGUUAAAGUUGUGAACCUGGCCCCAUCCUUGCUUGUGAAGGAAUGGGCUCUUCAGAGAUGCUCCUUUUAUACCCAAUCAUGACCCUCGCCUGUUUUCUAAUGAACCUGUUCACCUGUUGAAUGAUCCAAACUAGCCUUUGUUGAGUAUUCAGUUGAACUUGGGCAGAAAAGGACACAUUUUUGUAUUCUGUUUAUUCAUGUUUUACACAAUGUCCCAACUUUAUCAAAACUUAACUUUAUUAAGAAGAAAUUUACAGUAGAAAGUACUUUUACAUCAUCUGAACUGACAACAUAUAUUGUGACGGAUGCAGAAAUAUAAAAAUGCAAACAUAACCUUAGACAUUUGAAGUGAUUAUUCAGUUUGAUCCAGGAUAAACAGAGCCAAUCAAAGAUAUGAAACAAUUUUCAUUAUUCUAGUACAUUUACCUCUAAUCCCUCUUUUCAUUACACAUGCUGGUAGCCUGAAUUGAGUUUGUUGACUGAGUGUUUUCAGCAGUUCUUUCUUCAUCUUUUACUGGAUAAAAAGUAAGCCUUGGAAUUGUUUACAGUAUAUUGGCCAUGUAAAAAUUACUUUCAACAAAUGCAUGUUGGAAAAAAAUCUGUUUGCUUAGUUACCUUUUAUAAAUAGGGGCGUUAAAUAUUAGAAUAGAAUCUUAUCUCACAUUGUUUCUAUGAACUUCCACAGUUUUUUUCCACCGUGGUGGCACAGUUAAAUUUUUGGAUUACCCAAAGAAACUCUUCCAAACGUUAACCUUUGUUCAGAAAAUAUAAGUGUGACUUCUUGAUAGUAGAUCACUCAAACCUUCUGUGCUGAGUCUGAAAAAUGAAGUAUCUAAAUGACACAAAGGGACCUGGGUGAGGAGGCGGCACAGUGGUGUAGUGGUUAGCACUGUCGCCUCACAGCAAGAAGGUCCUGGGUUUGAAUUAGGGUCAGGGCUUUUCUGUGUGGAGUUUGUAUGUUCUCCCAGUGUCUGCGUGGGUUUACUCUGGGUACUCUGGUUCCCUCCCACAUCCCAGAAACAUGCAGAAGUGGGGUUAGGUUAAUUGGUCACUACAAAUUGCCUGUAGGUGUGAAUGUGUGUGUGGAUGGUUGUUCGUCUCUAUAUGUCAGCCCUGCGAUGAACUGGGGACUUGCCUUUGCCCCAAGAUACUGGGGCAAGUAUCUGAACAGGAUAAGUGGUAGAAAAUGGAUGGAGGGAUGGAUUUGCAUGUGAACCAUACAUCCCUGUAUAUUAAGAUGGCUAUCUAAACGAAGAAUCUCUUGGAAGCUUCUGUUGAAUUGUUUCAGAUUGCAUUGAUAGUGUUUCUAUUACACUCAGGCGUCUCUAUGUUUCAGUGCAGUUCAUCAGAUGAUGCUCCAGACACUCCCUCCCACUAUAAUCAGCCAAUAAAAGGCACCUGGUACUCCCAUCACAACAAGGCCCCAAGUCACUAGCCAAACUCUCCUCCUCUGAUGCCCCCUAGUGGUGGAAUGAAUAAUUAAACUCUAUCAGAUCUGCUGAGUCUCUUUCUACCUCUUAAAAAAGCUCCAGACUCAGCUCUUUAGAGAACACCUGAGCUCUUAAACUCAGCUCUUCUCCCCAGAGGCAGAAUGACUGAAACAAAUGUACCUCUCUACUUAGACACACUUUACCCUGCGGUUUGAACAAUUAUGAGGAUAAUUGUGAUGAUGAUGAUGAUGAUGAUGAUGAUGAUGAUGAUGAUGAUGAUGAUGAUGAGGAUGAUGAUGGUGAGGAUGAUUACUGUAGAUGGUGACAAUAUAGAGUCAUUGUGACUUCAUUAAGUUGGUGAUUUGCCUCAGCUAAUGAGUGCAUUGCCUUAUUUACCGUGUGACAGCACUAUGCCUAAUUGCACAUGCAUCAGUUUUUGGCAUUUACUGAUGUUGUUUACUUUGUCGGGAUCAUGCUUGUGUUGUAUUUUCUUUCAAAUGUACGUCUCUUUGGACGAAUGUAUCUGAUAAAUGACACUGUAAAAAUCUAUUAGUCGGCUGGACAAUCCAUUACAGGAGCAAUCGAAAGUGCAUAGCCUUCAUGACCGCUCUGGUGAUUGGUAUACCUUUGGUCUUUUUCUUGGUUACAUAAACACUCUGUCAGUCAAUCAAUCUUUAUAUAUAUAUAAAACCACAUUACAACAAACAUCAUCUCAGGACUCUUAACAAAAGGAGUUGGUCUAGACUAUAUUUUUAUGACAUUUACAAAAAGCCAGUGUAAAGAUGGGAUAAAAUUGAGCCCUUGUAGGAUCAGACCCAUUCCUAUCUCCUAUUUUUUUUCUUUAUUUUGUCAUAUUUUUAUUUAUUUAUAAAUUUAGUGUUAUUUACAGAAGAGAUUCCAUAAAUCCUUCCUCACCCACCCUCUCCCUUGACAUAGCAACAGGAAGGAUACAAUGAAACAGAAAAAUAAAUAAAAAAAUAAAUAAGUAAAUAAAUAAAUACUAAUCUACAUGAACAUCUGCUUUUACAUUAUAUGUACCCAUACACACAUAUACACAUGCAAGUAAAUCAAGUUACAUUUUUAAAAUUUUCACAAUUUAAAAAUUCAUCAUCUCAGAAAGAGUUUAAUUUGUCUCAUCCUUGGUGCACAAGAGCAAAAAAAAAUGUCUGAUACCUCAUUAAGGCCAGGAAGUAGAGAAAUUGAAGCAGAAAAAAUGAAGUUCUUGGAAAUGGAAAGACUGGUGCUAAUAAAUUGAAAUUAGCAUUGUAAUAGUUUGAUAAAUGGGUAGAUAGAUGAGGCAGCUGGAAAGCAGGCAGGUCCACAGCAGCAGAACGUCUUCAGCAGUGAUCCAGAGGAACCUACAGCAUGAUGGAGCUCAGGGACUCCCAGAAAAGACUGUAUUAGUGACUCUAAUGGGACAUGAUGAUUCAAAGUUAAUGACAUGGACAGAGAGAGGAUGGAGAAUGAAGGAAAUGUGCUCAGUGUGCCAGUAUCCCCAUCAGUCCAAACCCAUAACAGCAGAACUAAGAGCUGGCCUAGGCCUGAACUAGCUUUAAAAAUGAGCUUUAUCAAAGAGGAAUGUUUUAAGACGACUCUAAUAGGUAGAGAGGGUCUUUGACCCCCAACACCUGGACUGGUAGAUGAUUCCAGAGGAGAGAGAGGGGCCUGAUGACUGAAAGACCUACCUCCUGUACUACUUUAGGCCUUGCUUGUACACAGGUAGCCAGGUACUUUUAUAAAGUACCAUCAUCAUGUGUUCCAUCUACACAAAACCGCAUAAAUGUGCUAUUGACUGCAGUUAUAAGCAUGGCAGACCUGGAGUUUGCCAAAAAGUCAGACCCAUUCUAUCCAAUCUCCACGAUAGGAUUUAUUUCAGUGUGGAUCAAUAAGUGUCCUCUUUUCCUUUCACACAGGUUUAGUGGGUGAUCUUUUUAUAAAACAGGACAUCAGAGUUUCAUGCAGAAUUAAACAGUAAUGAGGAACUACCUGAAGGUUCUGAAAGGGAAAGUUUAAAUUCAUUUACAGGUCUUUCAUUUCUAUUUAAUUAUCUAUUUUAGCUAAAGUAAAAUGAGCAAAAUAGCCUAAAAAGAGAAGGUAAAAAAGAGGAGACUGGUGUUUAUGCUUGGAAGCGCUGAAGUUGAAAUUAUCUAUCACCUGUCUUAUCCUGUCUGAAGAAAAGCAUAAAGAUCCAAUAAAUUCUUGUGCUAUUAUACAUCAUUGAUGGACCGGCUUGGGGGUGGUGAUGGUGACAUGAAUGAAGUGGGGUUAGAUGGCAAGGGCUACAGUAGUGUGAUGUGUUUUCAUGGCAGAGAUAUUAAUGUGCUAUGUUGUCCUUUGUUGUCUGGCCAGAGUCCACCAGAAUCACCAUGAGGCCCACUAACAUGGAGAUUAUUGUUGGCGAGAGUAUCGUGUUACCCUGCCAGGUUGCGUGCGAUCCAGCUCUAGAUGUGUCUUUCUCAUGGGCAUUCAACGGACAGCUCAUAGACUUCCAGCAAGACAGCGACCAUUUUGAAAGAGUGGGAGGGGUGAGUCAUCUAAAUUUAAGCUCAACUGCUUUCUGGAUUUUGAGGAUUAAAUGGGACAUACUGUGUGAUGUGCAAGGGUAUUUCCCACUGCCCUGUGGAUAACCUCUGAAACACCAGUAAUUCCUAAGCAAGAAAAUCUAUGCUGAAACUGGACCAAAUGGCUAGUGGUAGAGAAAAUUAUAAGUGGAAAUACUCACAAAGCACUCUAACAUGCAUUCAUUCAUUCAUUCAUUCAUUCAUUCAUAUGCAAUUAAAUCUUCAGUUACUGGAGCUGUCAAGUCAGUAAUGAAGUCAUACUUUUCUCUUUCUGCCAUAAUUGUAACCUUUACUGUUGGAUACCAAUAUAAAUCCAAAGUCUCCAAAAUAUUAAGUGAUGAUCUGACCAUCAUUCAUUUGAAAUCCUUUCUCUGUGAAAUAAGAACUCGACAGUCUUUGUGGAAUAUUUGUUCCAUCUAUUGAAAGGCCAGAUCAACUGUUCAAGAGCCUGCCAGUAUAAAAUCUCCCUCCAGACCCUUUUCUUUUGUGCUGUUUAUCAACCAAGGUCAGUAGUCUGAUAUUAUCUGAUAUUACAUUUAGAUGCCUUUACAGUCAUGUGGACAAACCCUCCACUGCCUUGAAAGCAAAUGGCAAUUACUUAGGAUAUUAAAUUUGCAUAGGCAUGUAAUGAAAUGUAGUUGUCACAGAAUCAGUUUCCCUGUCCACAGAGAUUAGCAGCCCCCUCCUCAACAGCUUCUGAUGAAUUAAACAACAUAAUUAAAGCAGAUCUGUUCAUCACAUCAUUCUUGCCAAGCAGAGUAAAUUACUCAUGAUGGCAAGCACUUAGGUUGACCAGGUGGUGGCUGACAAUAGAGCAAGAAUCAAACAUGGCAAAGCUAUGCAUAAAAAAGCUGUCAGGGUGAAUGAAAGAAAGUGAAAAGAGGAAGAAGAGAAAAAAGGAAAGAUAGAUAAUCUCUUCAGCCCAUGGCAGCAUGAAGGUGGUGCUCCCCUUGGCUCUGCUUUGUCCUGCUAGCUGUGGAGUUGAUGCAUUGAAAAUUAACCACUGGAAGUGAUGAAAGCUGCUGUGAUGUUUACCUGGUAUUCUCCUCAGGCGACUUGCAGCAGAGUUUUUUCAGGCUGAUUUACUGUAUGAUGUAACAGGCCACUUUUUUGAUAUAUAUGGGACAUUAACCUUUACGUCUACAUACAUUGUUACCUUUUAUAGAUAAAUAUAUUCUACGAUCGCAAAUCCAAUGACUAUGGGACGUUUUGUAGAACGUAAAUAAAAACAAUGGUUUGCAAAUCCUUUUCAGCCUUCAUUCAGCUUAAUACUCAACAAAGACAAGAAUUUUAUGGUUCAAAAUCAUAAACUUGAUUGCUUUUUUUUGUUUUGUUUUUUGAAAUAUUCACUCAAUUUAAAUUUGACGUCUGUAACUCAUUCCUAAAAGUUGGUUCAAAGUCAACAAAAGUCUGAAAACUGAGGACUACUCUAAAAACACUUGUGUGGAUCAUUCCACAGCUGAACAGGUUCAUUGGAAGCAGGUGAGGGUCAUGACUGGGUCUAAAUGGAGCAUCCCUGAAAGGCUCAGUCCUUCACAAGCAAUGAUGGAGACAGGUUCACUGUUUUGUCAACAACUGCGUGAGCAAAUAGUCCAACUGUUUAAAAAAAUGUUUCUUGACAUACAACUGCAGGAAUUUGGAGAUUUGAUCAUCUACAAUCUGAAAUAUCACCAAAGAUUCAGAGAAUCUAGGGAAAUCAUUGGUGGUGUCCAUUGGGCCAAAGAGGAAAAGGACCAUCCAAACUGUUCUCAAGUCAAAGGUCAAAGCCAGCAUCUGUGAUGGUCUGGAGGUGUCUUAGUGCCCAUAGCCAACUGUCACAGGUAGUCCAGGUACUAGACCAGCCUGCCCGCAGUCCAGACCUGUCUCCCAUUGAAAAUGUGUGGAGCAUUUUAAAGGGAAAAGUACCACAACGAGGACCCCAGACAGUUGAGUAACUAAAGUAGUUCAUCAAGCAAGAAAGUGAAAGAAUUCACCUCCGAGGCUUUAACAGCUAGUGUCCUCACUUUACAAACUCUUAGUGAGUUAUUAAAAACAAAAAAAUAAAAAAAUAAAAAACAAACAAACAAACAAACAAAAAAAACAAACAAUCAAGUUUAUUGGUUUAUUGGUUUGAACAUUGAGUAUCUUUGCGGUGUAGUGAUAAAGGUUGAAAAUAAUGAUGUAACUCUAAUUAAUAGAGAAUACAAGAAUAAAUUUGAAGUUAAACAAGCUGUUAAGUUAAUAAUUAAUCUAGGAGCAAUUUAAUUGAAUAUGAGGAUAAAAGAGAUAAGAUUUCAGUUGAACAUCAUUUAUUUCAUGUUUAUUAUUGAUUAGAGGAGUAAGAGCAUUGUUUCAUAGCCAAAGCUUUAAGUUUGUUUAAAGGACAUUACCCAGAAUGCACCUUGAUGUAAACAGAAAAUUCAACAGAAAAAAAUCAGUUAUGUUCUGAAUGAGUUAACAUGUGGAUUUUUCAUUCAGUGAAGAACAUUUCUAUUUAAAGUCUGAAGUCAAGCGUCUUCAUUUUUGAACCCUAGUUAAGAAAGAUUCUACAGAUAAUGAAUCAUUAUAUUCUGCUCUUAUUCAUGUUUUACACAGCAGCAUAACUUCAUUGGAGUUGGGGUUGUGUAUUUUAACAGACUGAACUGGGAAUGAGUUGAUCCCAUUAAAGCCACCUCAAACUGUGUGUCUUCAGAAUAGCCGAUAUUUGUGUAAAGUUUAUCUGCAAUGCGUGUUGUUACAGGCAGAAGGGGAAAAAAAAUGAUGGCAGAGAAAUGUGAAAAAACCAAGAGCCAAAAUGUAGUUAAGCAUCUCUUACUGGAUGUUUUUUUAACUAAAAUAAUGUUUUCUAGAGGAUAUCAGGGGAUCUCAUGGUUCGAAACAUACAGCUGAACCAUGGAGGGAAAUAUGUCUGCGUGAUUGACACUGAUGUGGAGAGCCUGUCCACCUCUGCAAUCCUGGUUGUCAAAGGUAAGAGAACCAACUGAUUUUCAAACUUUCCUCUUUAAAUCUACUGCAAAAUAGUAUAGCAGUGAAGCAUCUAUACAGGUAAUCACAGAAAGCAGGUUUGAAGAAGAAAAAAUGUGUCAAAUAUUCUCAUGAGUCUUCUGGUAAAUACAAAAUGUAAGACUACUUUAUUCAGGAGACUUCUGUUACAAUGCUAUUUGUGUUGCUGCCUUAUAAAACUGUCACACAUUCACAUUGAAUGAUGUGACCUCUGGCCUGGCUAAAUAGUGUUGAUGGUAAUGAUAUGUGUUGUUUUCAUCGUGACUUUGGAGACUGCACUUUAAGAUGUAUGCCCUCUCAAAAGUUUGACCGUGUUUGGUUGAUUUAGGCCCUCCAGGUCCUCCUGACAAAGUAACAGUGGAGGAGAUUACAGACAGCACAGCACAGCUUACCUGGACUCCUGGAAUGGACAACAGCAGUCCCAUCACUGGCUACAUCAUUCAGGCCCGGACGCCUUUCACUGUGGGCUGGCAGGCUGUUGACACAGGUGCCACAAAACACUUGACACCAAAGAAUUUAUCCCUAACUUUCAGUUACUUCUUACAUCAGUCAUUUGUGUCUCUGAUGUGAUUUUGUGAAGUUUUCAAAGCUCCAAGGACAAUAUGGAACUGUGAAAUGUACAAAAUGCGCAAUUAAAGGUACAGAGAGUAGAAAUGGGGUUCACUACCAAAAUCUCUGUCAGAUUAUAAUUUGAACUACUCUCCUGCUCACCUCUAAAAAUCCAAGCAAAGAUCGAACAAGAAGCUUGAUUAGUAGUAUCCUCCAUUCAUCCUCCAAGUUUUUUUACAAUCAAAAACAUCAGUCAAUACAAAUCCCGCUUCUAGAAGGUUUUUUUUUUCUGUUAUUCAAUGUCCUGAAUUGUUGUGCUGUAGUGCUGAAAAGUACCUGCUUUAAUAUAAACUCAUUGCUGUUUUGCAGUGCCCGAGGAGAUCAGCGGUACCAUGCUGACAGCCACAGUGGUGGGUCUUAAUGCUUGGGUGGAGUAUGAGUUUAGGGUGGUGGCUCGCAAUACUGUGGGCCUGGGAGAGCCAAGCCCAGCCUCAGCUAAGACCAGGACAGAGGACGCCGGUAUGUGGAACUUACACAGAUAACACAUGACUAUGAUGAAUAGGUUUUUAAGCUUCUAUUUUGGAGUAUGCAUCACAAAUGAACCAACUGGUAUUUCCGUAAUUUUACAUUUCAAGGAUUGUUAAUUACUAUGAACCUGCUUUCAGAUGUAUAUACAGCUUUGAAGGUACCAGACUUAUUUAUAAGGCUUCAUAAGACACUGGCAGUUGUUAAUACUGACUGAAAGAUUUGUAUUUGCACAAAGCAAUGGGGUUGAGGGGUCUGAAAUAGAAGACUUUGCCAUAAAACCACAAGCAGUGUUUCCCCUAUAGUGUAUUUGGCAGGGUGCCCCACCCUGCCAACGAGAUCCCAACCCAGAAAUUGAAGUCAAAGAUUAAUAUACUGUCUACAUUUGAUUUUUACUUUAAUCAAAACAGCCUAAAAAAUACAAUUUACGCAAUUCCAGACUCUAAAGCUCACAAUUGUUUCAUUACUUUCAAUAAAAAAAGAUAUCUCGCUGCUCCUCUCACGAGUGGGGCUCUCCACUCACUCUUCUCUUGAUCUCAAAACAUACACAGGUACUAACAUGCCACGCCGCUGGUUCAGAGGCCACACCCACUGAUUCUGGUCGCGAGCGCUUGCCUCUCACACCCUGCCAGCUUUGCGCAGGACAUUUUUGACAACCCGGGGUUCUCAUUGUGUUUUCCACCAACAAAACUAUAAAAAAAACUUCAUGGAGUACCAAACUAUCCCCAAAUGUUCAGCAUCCCAAUUGACAACACAAUUCAGAUUUGAAUCUUUAUUGUAGACCCAAAUUCUCUGCACUUAUGUUAAUUCCUUCCUUUGAAGGGAGGGUCCUGCAACUACCACAAUGAUGGACCCAUGCACCCCACCCCACCCCGUCAAAGCAAAAAAGCUAGGGGAAACACUGCACAGGUAUUUGUAAGACUGGUCCAAUUACCUCUAAUUGUUCCCCUCUGGGCUUUACCUCUCAGUUCCUCAUACAGCUCCCACUAACGUUGGAGGUGGAGGUGGUACAAAGUCUGAGUUGGUGAUAACAUGGGAGGUGAGUCAUCUGUCACAUCUUGCUGUCCUCUCAAUGGCCAUUGGUUUUGCUUAGUGGUGCAGAAUGGAACGGAGCAAUUGCAUGACCCCUCAUUAGAGCAAGACACCUAUCCUCUGACUCAGCCUUAAAGUGCCAUUUUAUUCCCCCAGGGGCAAAGAGACCACUCCUUCUGAAGUAUUUUAGCACUUUAACCACAGUUACAUAGCUAUAUCAGGAAGGAAGCUAUGGAAGAGAAUGGUUGCUCAGUCUGCUGGAUGGUAACAGCCAAAAUAGAAGCUGUAUCAACACAGCCCAGUGACGGACCUGCCUGUUUCUUUUUCUGUAUGCCUUUUAAUAUCACUACAGUUUUGUGUUUUGCUCUUAGCCUGUUUCCGAGGAACUGCAAAACGGAGACGGCUUUGGCUACAUAAUCGCCUUCAGGCCUUUGGGGAUGGUCACGUGGACACGAGCGGCUGUCUCCAUACCUGGCGUUGCACGUUAUGUCUUUCGCAAUGACACCAUCCCACCCUUCUCGCCUUUUGAUGUGAAAGUGGGGGCAUACAACAACAGGGGGGAGGGGCCCUUCAGCUCUAUCGCUACAGUAUAUUCGGCAGAGGAAGGUACAUAAAAGAUAACAACUGGGGUAGGGGCCCUUCAGCUCUAGGGUGUAUUUUCAACAGAGAAAGUCUGAGAAAAUACUGGUCAGCUUAGUAACAGGCAGACAGGCAGACAGAUUUGUGUGUCAAGCUUUUUUUCUGCACUGUUAUCCUCUUUCCAUCCCAGGCUGGGAAUGCCCACUUCACAGUAGUGCUCAUGUUGGUAGGUCACAAGAAAUCCCAGCAGACAUUUUCUGCAGCCACUCUAUCAGAGAGGCAUUUCUUUAAUUAAAUAUCAGGGGCAAAUAGUUUUUUAGUCACAGAUUCUAGGACAGGAGUGGGAAAAAUAUAUAUUUAUAUACGUAUUUUUUUAAUCAAAACUAUAGGUCUAUUGUACACCCUUCCUCCUUUGGCUUUUAGUGUGUGUAGCGGUGCUCAAUCUGUGUCUGAGUUUCAUGGGCUCUAUUUCUGCAGUCCCCAGUGUGGCUCCUCAGACAGUUUGGACCAGAAGCGCAUCUGCAGUGCAUAUUGAAAUGAUCUGGGAAGUUCUCCCUGCCAUUCCUGAAAGAGUUCUUGGAUAUGAGGUGAAUUGUCUUUUUUUGUUUGUUUGUUUGUUUUCUAAUAAAACUAUAGUUUGUCAUAUUCAUGUUAUCUACUUUUAGCUUCAAACUGUUAAACAUUUUUCCUCUCCCAGCCAGUGCAAUACAUAUAAAAAUACUGUAUUUUUCUGUGUAUUUUCAAUGACAUUAACACUGUUUGCAUGAUAGCAAGUCAGCCCAAAAGAGGCAAAAUGAAAAUCCCCAGUCCCUUACAGAUGCUGUUUUUCCUCCCUGUUGGUACUCUUUCAAUAUGUGUCACCUCUUGCCCUCGGCUAAAAGCACUCCAGUUGCCAUGGCAGAGUUUUCAACAGAGCUCAUUUCUCCAAACAUAAAGAGCCACAGAAUUAAGUAGGCCGUCGACAGUAUGGAUCUAAAAGUGUGGACUACUCAUAAUAUGCUGCUCUCAGACUUUGAUUAGGUGUUUCCAUGAAAAACCAAAAUAGCUACAAAGGGUCAACUCAUUUAUUGUAUUUUAUAUUAGGUCAUGUUAUACUAGACUCAUUAUAUUUAAAGAUAGUCCCAGUCAAUUUUUGGUCUGUUCCUUUAUUUGAGUAUCAGUUUACCUAAACUCUGAAAUCUUUGAUGAACAACUUAAAGGGAUACUCUGGCAUAAAUUUAAGUUAUGGUCAAACACGCCAUAAUACUGAGCCACUUAUUUUUACUUCAUGGAAAUGCAAUCAGACCGAGAAGCUUAGGCAGAAGAACUACCACGUCUGCAGUGCAAAAUAAUUACUAUGAUGAUUAUUACUUAAUGGAAAUGAUCUGCUGCACUCUGUGAUUGACUUGUCAGGGCUCCCCCACAAACAAGCGGCUGCUGGAGGAGAGUGGGGGAGUUGUGUUUAGUCACUUUGCUCAUGAAACCAGGCAAAGCUAAAAAGAUGUUUGAUGGCUAGUGCUAUGGCUGGGACCCUAUAUGUACUGUUGAUGAAGUUAGGUGCUGUUCUGAGCAUUAUUUGUGGCUAUAGAGUGGCUUUUUGGUUGAGGUUGGAGAUGUAGAUCGCUGUGUAUUGCUAUUGUGCAGUCGUUGCUGAAGUUGGUAUAACUAGAGAAGCAAGCAGUCGGCAACAUUCAUCUCUAGAGGGGGUGUCUAACUUGGUGUUUCGUUGUGUUUGACCAUAACUUUAAUUUACGCCAGAAUAUCUCUUUCAAGGACCCAAGGGCGACACAAGGGGGAAGCAACAAGGAUAGUGUGGAGAGCACUGUAGAGACAGGAGAAACAUAACUAGUAAGGCACAAGAUACAUCAAGAUCUAGAAAAGUUGCUUACUAGCACACAGUAGCUCUAAGAGCUUAAAUACCACAACGAGGCUAGCAGGAGCUGGCAGCUUCAGAAGCCGAAGCUGGAGCUUGAGGGCAGUUGCUGAUUGCCACUGAUGAGUGUCUCAGAGGGCAGACCUCUACACCAUGCCUCCACCAGACACUGCUACAAAAGCAGUGUCUGGAACAUACAAAAUAUUAAUAACCAACAAGAACAGUAUGUUCUGUUUUGCAGUACAAGGUGUUAUUUUAUUUUUGAAAUUGGAGCACAUGAGAAUUUCUCAUCUUCAUUAAUCAGUUUCCUCAUGCAAAAGUCUUGGAUUUAAGAUUGUGUUUGCAACUGCUUUAGCAGAAAAAGAAAAAAAACAGCUCUCUGACAUUUCUUCUUCCAUGAUGGACUUAUGUUACCUUAACCAGACUUCUCUGUUUGACUGAGUCGCUUUCCUUGCCAACAGGUUGUUUACUGGGAAGAUGACACAAAGCCUGACACUGUAGGAAAAGUGCGCAUAACUGGGAACUACACUCUUGUUAACAUCACUGGGUUGAAAGCAAACACAGUAUACUACCUCUCUGUGGCAGCGUUCAACACAGCUGGCCCAGGACCCCAGUCAGUACCCAUCAACACCAGGACCAAGAGACCACGUGAGUCUGUCCCACAGGGGAAUUUUUUCUUCCUAUGGCACUACUGCGUGUACUAUGUCUUAAGAUCCCUGGUCCUGCUGUCUAAGCAUGCUGAGGGUCCCUUUGGCAAGACCCUUGACCCCACCAGCCCCCAUUGGCAGCUCCCAGUAGUGCCGAUAUCAAAUUAAAAAUGAGUGGAUAUAAACAGUUAAGUUUGUCAGUUUGAACAUUUAAUAUCUUGUCUUUUUAAAGUAUUCAGUUAAAUAUGGAUGGAAAAGGAUUUGCAAAUACUUGUAUUCAUGUUUUACACAAUGUACAAACUUCAUUGGAUUUAGGGUUGCCAGAAAACCUUAAAAAACAGUUUUUGAGUGCAACCUUUGACACAUCUUAAACUCUUUUGUAGCUCCCGAUCGGGCCCCACUCAACGUACAAUGGACCAUUUCUGGUUCUAAACUCAUGAUUCACUGGGACCCUGUAGUAGCUACAGAGGCAGAGUCAAACGUCACUGGAUAUUUGGUAGGUCCCGGUUUGCUGCAGAGCCUGAAAAUAUCCUCAGAAUCAAGGAUGGUUGUUUUUGCAUUGAGAAUCUUUCUGCAUCUUUCUCCCUUGCUUCAGGUGAUGCUGAAAAACAGCCACAAUGAAAUCAACACGAUCUUCAGUAACAAAACCGCAGUGGAGCUCAAUCUCUCUGCCAACGACAACUAUCUCCUUCAGAUCAAGGUCAUGAGUGAAGGUGGUGAAGGCGUUGGCAGUGAACCCAUUCACAUUCACACAUUAAGUGAGUUCCUCAUAUUUCAUUUUUGUAUCAUGUCUUUUCUGCUGUUGAUAAUAGUGACAAGAAAAUCAGUUAUAUGUCAUUGCCGCCCUCUUUUAAUGUGUGUAAGACAUAUUUUGAGUACCAUCCAACCUCUUCAGAAAUGCAUGCAUGACACCAUCUAUCUUUGCCACUGGGUUAUUAAUCUCUGUUGACUGGCUGAAUAGCACUGACGCAUAUCAAGCAGUUCUGUGACCCCAUCCAACUGCUGUGGAAAAAAGUGAGGCUCUGAGUUUGCCACUUCUUCUUUCACAUUCAUACAAUAGGAACUGUAUCUACUCAUAAUACUGGCUGAUUAAAGCGAAUAUCAAAUAGACAUUGAAAAGAAUUCCAGCUGACUGUGAUUUAUGAUGGUCUCUCAAGAAUUUAUGAUGGCUGAUCAGAGGAUAGUGCAGCAGAGGGAAGGAUUUUGUCCUUGAUUCCUAAGAGUUGCUCAGCUUUUCUUCUUUUUCUUCUUCUUUGCAGGCAUGAGGGCACAGGGCUCAGGUGCACAGGACUCAAGAGCAGUCCACGGCCCGUUUUGCCUCUCCUCAGUCCUCAUCAGUGUGCUGCUCUAUUCCAUCUGGUGAUGUCUAAUCAGAGCCUACAGUAAGCCCUCCCUCCCACCACAACAGUGAACCAUCAACAGGACUGGCAGACAGCCCAUACUUCAGUUUCACAGCCGAAGGAGACUAAAACAGAACCCUCAAAGGGACUUUGUCAUUUCCUUUUCACCAUGAUUAAAGGGAUAUAGUUUAAUGUAUGCAUGACAUAUUUAAGUUUAUUUUUUAGUCUCACCAGCCUUGGUUCUCCUUUUAGUGGUUAUGUCCAAAUGACUAAUCUUCUUCUAGGUAUCUUAUGAGAUGCCACUGCCUUAAGACUAAUUCUAUAGUCCAUACCAAAGCUGGUGAUAGUUAUUUGUGACAAGGUUUGUUAAACUUAACUUUGAAAAAAAGUGAAUCUAUAAGAAUUUAUUUAAGGUCGACUUCUUAACUGGCGAUAUCAUUAUUAUUUUACAGUCUAAAAAAGAAACUUCAAACUGAGCCAGUUUCACUUAUUUACAGUAACCUUAACCUUAAUCCACACUGUAGGUUUAAGUUUAGCAGACCUUGGUAGACAUACUGCAUAUUCAUCAAAUCUUCAACAUACCCACUGAGAAACAUUAGGUCUGUUUGGAAGCUGAAGGAUCCUAAGCUUAAGUUCGCCCUACAUGGUCUGUUUUAUCGAGGUAUUUUGCACUCUAUCUCAUGCUCCAGUAAAUAAUAAAUACAUUUCACAUGCCGCAUUCUUAGUCUAGAGAAGGAGCAGGCAACAAAGCUGAGACAAGGAUGACUAAAUCAAACAGAUCCCUUGUACAAUGUUCUGUUGGUCCUGUAUUCUGAGUUCACAAGGAAAGACAACCAGUUACACUGCUUUCCCCUUACAGAUUUCUUCUGCUUUUGUUUCAGACCAAAAUACAGUUUUUAAAAUGAUUAUUUCAUUUAUUAAGGGGAAAAAAAGCAAUCUGAACCAACCUGGCCUUAUGUGAAAAGGUUAUCUUCCCCUUGACCUAAUAGGUGGUUGCGCCACCCUCGGAGGCAACAUCUGCAGCCAAGCGUUUGUGAUAACUGGUCCUGAGUCUUUUUCCUGAGGAGGAGUUUUGACCCACUCUUCUUUGCAGAAUUGUUUUCAUUCAGCCAUAUUAGGUGGGGUUUCCAGACAGUUUGAGGCAGGGAUGGGCAAUCAUGUGCCAUGGAGGUCCAAGAGGCUGCAGGUUUUCUUUCCAACCCAAAACUCCACCAGGUGAUUUCACUGAUCAGUCCCUGCUCUCUGCUUGGAGGUAAGGUAAUCAGUGAAAUCACCUGGUGAAGUUUUGGGUUGGAAAGAAAACCUGCAGCCUCUCGGCCCUCUAUGGCACAUGAUUGCCCACCCCUGGUUUAAGGUCAUGCCACAGUAUCUCAGUCAGAUUUAAGUCUAGUUUGUGAUUAGGCCACUUCAAUCCUCUUUUUUUCCCCUUUUUUUGAUGAGCCAUUCUAGAGAUGGACGUGCUAAUGUGCUAUGGAUCAUUGUCCUGCUUCAUAGUGUGCAGUGCACUUGAGCUUAAUGUCACCAACCGAUGGCAAGACCCUCUCCCUCAGAGUUUUCCAGUAGAGAGCAGAAUUCAUUGUUCGAUAAAUUAUGGCAAGUGGUUCAGGUUCCAAACAAUGUGGUUGUUAAGGACAGGUUGGUUUGAAUAGUCCCCCCUCCCCCCCAUAAGAAAUGAAUCCCUAAUUUAAAAACUGCAUUUUGUAUUUACCCAGGUUAUCUUUGUCUGAUGUUCAAAUUAGUUAGAUGAUCUGGAACAUGUAAAUGCAGCAAAAAGGAAAAAAAAAAAAAAAAACUCAAGAAAUCCAACCAAGUAAUCGAACGAUAGGAAAAUACUUCAAUACCCCAAAAUUUGGUGAUUGCUAACAUAUGUAUGUUUACUUAGAGUGGCUAUAAGUUUUACAGUACUUUGAAGUCCCUGAGUUCAGAUUCAUACUGGGGGACAUAUAGCGUAUACCCUCACCACCCCUGAUGACCAGUGGGCCCAGUACACAAUGACCUUUGGGAUAACAGUGCCUUCACUAGAGCUCACAGUAGACUUUUACCCAUCCUCUCUAGUCCAACAUCACUAAGGAGAAAAUAUCAUUGUGAAAUAGAGGCAGUUUGAUAUUAUUUCUGAAUGGAUCCCAAGACAGAAAACAUUGGUUGAUAGAUGUUUUGGGGCUUUAAGGCAUCCAGUUAAUUGAUGCCAAAUUUGAUGUCAAGUUCGAGGUAGUGGAGAUUUGGCAUGAUGUGGACCAAAAAUCGAGACAGUCUCUUUACUACUAACUCACAGUUACUAAAGAGCAUUUCUUCUCUGCUGAGGGAAUCAGUUACCACUUCCUUUUAUCAUGUGUCUGAGUCCAUCAAAGCCACCUAAGCCAAAGUCAAAGUCUGGUUACUGGGGUUCUUACAGUGUGUCUAUGUGGAUGUGAAAGUGUACAGUUAGCUGAGCUGCUACACAUUACUGUGCCUUUGACAAACACGGGGCUAAGUGGGUCAUUAGGUUGGAGACUGUCAUCAUCUGUAGUUUGCACUCUCUGCUCCCCUCCCCCUCCACCCCAAAGGUCUAUGAAAGCACAACGAAUUGAUGCAAGGUGGCAGGAUGUCUUUACUUCGCCACCUGAACAGGUGUGCAGACCCUGAGAUCUCAUCAAAAGUCCAGCCUAUAUGAUGAGGUGUUCUAUCUGUCCUCGACUGGGUUCACAUAGCUCAGUGCUUAUUUAUUAGACUGCGGCAGACUAGUCCAUUAGAUACUGAUCUCCCUUGGUUACUAAUGUGGUCAUAUUUCAGCUGCUUCAUUGACUAACAGCAGCUUAUUUUGUGUCGAUUAUAAUGAUGUUUUAGAUCUCCUCUACCUGUGUACUUUCAAAGGCAUACUGUUUUCAAUGUUUGGUUAUGCAACAAAUCUUAAUGUAAUUUUAGUUUUUUCUUAUUUUUUUCAAGAACUUUAGACGGUAGUGGUACACAAAGACUUUAGAUUUCAGCAUUUACAUGAAAAAGAUGGCCGGCGGUUGAGAAGAACUUCAGGGUACUUUAUUUGUUGUUGACCAUGAACCAGUUUUCUUUCAUUGCUAACCUUUGAGAGAACUGGAGGAGGGGGUGUUUUUGCACUCUCCAGGAAACUGAUAAAGUAUUUUAUGGAUAUCCACUGUCCAUCUUAUUUCUUUACUUUUCUGAAGUAAGAGAGAGGUACAGAUCUAUAAAAAAAUUAGUGAUAAUCUUUGAUUGACUCUUGAUUAAAGAUGUCAGAUGUCAAACUCAUAGAUUAAUCAGUUCAAAUGCUUAAGUGUGACGUAGUUUCUCAGAGUUUGUGUGUGAUGUCUUUCACGUUACCCUUGUGUUUCUGGCCUUGUGUUCUGAUUAAAUUAACAUAGUAGACUCUGAUGGAAACAUUGAAGGCACCAGCUGAGACAUGAUCCCUGAACAGCAACAUACAUAUCUACGGUAUUCAUAUAUAGUUUGGGUUUUUGUCUGUUUUUAUUAGAAAGAAGUGUACCUAGUGACGUGUUAAUAGCCUGCAUAUAUUUUUAAAACAUGGCCAUCAAAGACAACCUUAUUGCUCUUAUAUAGUGUGUUUCCCUAUAUUAAUACUGAUGUAUUAAUCAAUUAUCUCUGUGAGAUACUGACAUUUAGAACGGUAUUUUCAUAUUGAAAAGUAACUAUUUUGAGUUGUAUACUAAAUUGCAUGUUAAUCAUUGUGAGUUUGUGUUAGAUAAUUUUCUAAGCUAUAACUUAAUAAAAGCGUUAUUCAUGCUC